AUGGAUUCCCUGGCUGGCAAGGAGGACAGAUACGUCUUGGUGGAAUACCCCUUUGAGUACACCGCUAAGGACGGACAGCUUAUUUCAAUACAGCCCAAUGAGAGAUACAUGCUUCUGAGGCGAACCAAUGACCACUGGUGGCACGUGAGGAAGAACAAAGAAGCCCGGCCUUUCUACAUCCCAGCAAAAUACGUCAAGGAACUGGGCUCUGUGACCCACACCAUGCCAUCCUCUGACGAGCUACCCUCCACAACCAUGUUGGAAAAUGUCAACUUAGAGGCCUCUAUCCGGGUCAGCCAGGAACCGCCGGCGGAGUACGAAUAUCGGUUUGUCAAUGCCGUUCCAGCGUGUGAGGUAGAUGCGGAGAAAGCUGCCUUUUCUUCCCCGCGGUGCUCGAUCUCCUCAGGGGUCGGGACGACGAUCCCCUUUGACGUUGGUGGGAACGCUCCGUCCCCCAUUUCCGGAGCAAGCAGAGCCACUCUUUCUGCCCUCAGUGCAUCUCACGGUUCCCUGAAGCCUCGCCACGCAACAGGUCCCGUGGGCUACAGUCAUUCCUCUGAACACAUAAGGUCUACGGUGUCCCUGGACGACUUGGCGAAAUUUGCGACGCCCCCCGGCCAGGCGGGCGUUGGGAACUUGUACAAAGCUGCCUCGUGGAGUCCGGCUCGCCCGCUCCCAAAGAGCAACUCCGAAACCUUCCACAAAGCAGCGGAGGAAAGGUUGGAGCAGGGUACGCCAGAGCCCCGUGCCAGACAGGUAUGGGAUUUGCUUAAAAAACAUCCACCGCUUUAAUCAUGUGGAGGUCCUCAUUUGUUGUUGUUGUUGGGCUAACUCCACGCACUCCCUGUAUCUCUGACUCUCCCAGUUGAGAGGCAGCCUUUUCUAGGUAAGCCACACAUUAUUAUUACCGUAUUUUUCGCUCCAUAAGACGCACUUUUCCCCUCCUAAAAAGUAAGGGGGGUUGUGUGCGUCUUAUGGAGCGAAUGCAGGCAGGAGGCUCUGCUCAGCGCUCCCUUUAAAGAGCCGUGUGGAGCGUGUGUGUGGCUCUUGGGGGCUUUUUCCCAAGGAGGGAGAAGGGCAGCCCGUCAGUCCCUUCUUCCUCCUCAGGGAAAAGCCCCCCAAGAGCCGCACAAACGCUAGGCGUGGCUCUUUAAAGAGUGCACAGCUCUUGGGGGCUUUCCUGGAAGGUGGAGGAAGAGACUGUCGGGCUGCCCUCUGUCCCUUCCCAGACCUCCCGGAAAAGCCAGCAAGAGCCGCUGCCAUACUCUGCUCAGCGCUCCCUUGUAAGGGCUCCCUUUCGUCCUUCAUCCCGCUUUGCUGGGAAGCCAGAAGAAGAGGCACUGCGCGUAGCUAUCGCUCUUGCUCUGCUGGCUUCUCAGCGAAGCGGGAGGAGGGACGGAAGGGUUUAAAGCAAGAAAAGCGAGAGCCGCUUACAUGCUCUGCGCAGAAUAUUUUUUUUCUUGCUUUCCCGCUCUAAAAACUAGGUGCGUCUUAUGGUCUGGUGCGUCUUAUGGAGUGAAUAAUACGGCAGUUUUCAAUUACAAUAACCCGAUAAAAGCCUUGUUGUCAAUACCAAAUUAUAAUACAAUUAAUAAUGCCAGUUGUUCAGGUGCCAAGUUAUAUUAUUUUGUUGCCCACCCCCGCAUGCUAGAAUUGAUGAUUUGAUCAUUUACUUUAACUCUGUGUUCCAAAAACUUAUAAAUUCCAAUUACACACCAGUCAGAAUAACAAACUCUUAACCGCAGCUGCAGUUUUAACGACUUCCAUUCGCAUUAACACAUCAAAUAAUUUACAGUCCUAUAGGCAAAGCCUUCAAACUCUCUCUUUGUUCUUCUUGUGUGUGGCUAUUACUGUCCAUGAUGUUUCUUCCUGUCCUUGUACUGUAUUAUGUCUAUCUUUUGUCAGUUGCUGUUCUCCCUCAUACCUUAGGCGGAGCUAGUAUUCCAUUGCUGGUAAGCCACACAUACUGACAUUCUGCCUUCAGGUGGGAAGGAGCAGACUUGGGUUCAUUGAAGGACUGCCACUCUGCACACGCUCAGAGGCACCUCUUUUGUUGCACGCUAUGGUAGCAAAACCGGGACGCGGGUGGCGCUGUGGGUUAAACCACAGAGCCUAGGACUUGCCGAUCAGAAGGUCGGCGUUUCAAAUCCCCGCGAUGGGGUGAGCUCCCGUUGCCCGGUCCCUGCUCCUGCCAACCUAGCAGUUCGAAAGCACAUCAAAGUGCAAGUAGAUAAAUAGGUACCGCUCCGGCGGGAAGCUGAACGGCGUUUCCGUGCGCUGCUCUGGUUCACCAGAAGCGGCUUAGUCAUGCUGGCCACAUGACCCGGAAGCUGUACGCCUGCUCCCUCGGCCAGUAAGGUGAGAUGAGCGCCGCAACCCCAGAGUCGGCCACGACUGGACCUAAUGGUCAGGGGUCCCUUUACCUUUAUGGUAGCAAAAGAGGCUCUGGGGCCGAACCCUGACUCUAGUUAACCUUGCCAUCAGCACUCUUCCUUCGAUGCACAUUACCCAGGAUCCUCCAGCAACGUAAUGUUCCAGAUAUAGAAAAAUGUUGUAGCCUAGCCCUUUCUGACAAUAUGCAGAUUGGAGCUCUUGUGUGUGGAAUAAAACAAACUGCUUGAACACUGGGAAGUAGCAUGUUAGAGAGAAGGGUUCUUCCUUCUCUCUGGAUAUUUGACUUUUCUGUGUGCAGGAAUUGAUGGAGGUGGGGCACAGCAGGGGUGGGGGCAUUCUGCGGGCUGCAUUUGGCCUGUGAGACUAUUUUCCCCAAACCACAUCCACUUGCAUCAUAUGUCAGGUGUGGAGCAGGUAGUGUUGCAGCUGGAUCAUCUGAUCACCCACCUGAUCCUUGCAGAAAGCGGGACCAAACUCAUCAGCUGAUGUUCAGGGAGCUGAAUUCUGCUUGGUCACUAUCUCCCCCCCCCCCAUUACAGGCCAUCUUUGACAGGUGGGCAGGACACCCUACCUGUCAGUCACCAGAUGCUAUUAUUAUGUCAGGUGAUUGACAGUUGGCAGGCCCCACCCACCCGUCAAAGUAGGCCAGCAGAGGUGCGGGGUGGGGAAAUAAAGAUCUGGCCCACUAGGCCAAAAGGAUUUUCCAGCUUUGGCCUACGGCUGCAGAAAAGCAACACUAUGUGAUUUAUCUGCCUGUGCACAGCUACUAACUUCUUCCCAGAGAUACCAGUAGGUUCCUGUGCAACCUAAAAGCACAAUUGGAACAAAUGCAGCUUUCCCUGUCUCUGCUGUGUGGGAAAGGUCUCUUUGCUAAAUCUCUCCCUUUGGAUGUAGGAUUGAAAGGGCAGUGUGUGUUGUCAGGAAAAGCCUCUGGCAUGUUGGGACGUCAUUCCAGUGAUAAGAAGUGAGCGCACUUCUUUCAAAGCCUGCGAAAACCUACCAGGCAGAGCAAAAUCUUGGGUAGAUACAAUCCUGUAUAUCCACCACCUGGUGAACUAACAAGGCUGUUUGUUCUCAUGGCUGUGGCGUGAAGUAUUUUCGAUUCCCAUUUUUCCAUGGCGAUACAAGUAAACAGGGGGUCGGGAAGUCAGGCCUGCUUUAGGUUCCCCAUUGCAUGAGGAAGAAGUGAGCAACCCGCCUGAAGUUCAUGUGUGCAAUAAAUGAUAAUACAGUCAUACCUCGGGUUACAGACACUUCAGGUUGUGUUUUUUUGGGUUACGGACCUGCCGAAACCCAGAAGUACCAGAACGGGUAACUUCGGGUUUUGGUGGUUGUGCAUGCAUGCGGUGCGGCAGCAGCAGGAGGCCCCAUUAGCUAAAGUGGUGCUUCAGGUUAAGAACAGUUUCAGGUUAAGAACGGACCUCCGGAACGAAUUAAGUACUUAACCCGAGGUACCAAUGUAUAUAAAUUCAACAAAUAGAUAAAUGAAUUAGUUUGCCUUUAAGUGUGAACUGAACCAAAUUUAUCCCUACCGCGUAUCCUCAGUCUUUCAGCUCUGAUCUGACAGAUCAAAUUAACCUUCCCCUUCUAGACUUUGUUGCUGCUUUGGUGUAUUUAAGACAAAUAUCCAUUAAUCACACCAGGAGCCCCACCCCUGCAAUUGGGAAUCUAUGUGCUGUUCAACAUCAGGAAGGCAAAGCGGGCAGAAAUGCAACAGGUGCAUCUCUCCAUCAUUAAACUUCUAUGCUGAGCCCUUUUGAAUUGCUGUCUAUAGGACUCUCCUUCACUGGAGGUUUUUAAACAGAGGCUGGAUGGCCGCCUUGUCGGGGACUCUUUCACUGUGAUUCCUGGGGUUGGACUAGAUGACCCUUGGAGCCCUUCCAUCUCUGUAAUUCUAUGAUCCUAUGAAACAGCUGCAAAUAGGUUCUCCAGUAAGUGAGGAGGUAACAACUGUAGCAAAAUAGGAAACUAAACAUGCUAAAAAUGCUUGAAAUGGAUCCUUUCCUCCUGCAAACUCAGAGGAUCCAGCAGGUGGCAGCACCUCACUAAAGCUUGAUCAAAUGAUGGGGCCGAAGGAAACGGGCCGAAGGAACAUCUUAAGAAGACCACAGGUGGGAGAUACCAUUUUUGCAUGUUCCCCCCCCCCAAUAAUUCUAGCAAACAGAAGAAGAAAAAUAGCAAAUUAAGUAGAAAACUUCUAAUAUUUAUCUGCUGUGCUAGUUUUCUUUUGGAGUGGUUUUUUUCCCCAAAAAGAGAAUUAAAAGGGUUUUAAAAAAAGUAUUUAAAUAUGUAAUUUCCCCCAUCUGCUCUGUCGAGUGGUAGAGUCCAUUUUCCCACCUGAUUCUGGGACAGGUACAGACCAGAUCGCAGGAAAGGCAGCACCUGUGAGCAUGUGAUGCCUGUGCUUCCUUUGAAGAGUGAUCCUGGCUGAAUGGAGGUCUUAAUUUUUGGAGGGUCCUGUGUGACUUGCGGAUGACUCAGUCCUUCAGCAAAUGUUUGCCUGCAGAGACAGAACAAGGUAGCUCUAAUUUAACUAAUGACUCAUGCGCAGUCCGAAUGACAGCUCACCCGGCUGGUUCCUAACUCUGCAGCCGGAGAGGCCAUGAAGCCACUUGGCAGUGCAUAAUUUGAUUAAUUGCAACCCGAGCUCGUUAAGAGUUCGUCUUGGAGUAUUUAUACUGGGGCAGGGAGAGAAACGUGGCCAUAUGCGUAUCAUAUCCCACUGAAUAGGCAGAUCUGACCUGUGCCGUUUAAGCUCCCUGCCUAGAAGAGGGAAAAUUUUUGGUUCAAACAUUAAAGUGAAUCUGCUUCGUUCACAAUACGUGGACCAAAACACAGCUAUCCUUCAAAGUUAGCAUUUAUCCACUUUUUUGACGCAGUUCUCCAACCAAAUGAAGUGUACAAAAAUGUGAAUAUUGGGGGGAAGUGCGCAUAUUUGUAAAAAAGGCAUAAAAAUGCAUUAUGUUAGGGGAAAUUGCUUCGAAAAUAUGAAUAUUGGGAUACAUUUGCACUAAAAUGCUGGCAAAUGUUCGUGAGGACUUGAAAAUAUUACACACACACACACACACACUCCACAAACUGACAUGAAAAUGUGGAGAACUGAAGAGUGGAAAAAUGAGAAACUGAAAUUGAGAAGUUUCAUCCAUCCCUAGAAAUGUAAUAAUUUCCAGGGCAAGGGGGGUUAUUUCCCAGCAGUUUUAAGGCUCCAUGCUUCUCUUUUUAUAAAAUCGCCCAACAAACCCCCUCACCUUGAGGUAUCACCGUUUUCUCUAGUGAGGCUCCUGUGCCUUUCGCAGCUGUGUGCCAGGCGGAAAUCCAACAGGAGAAGCUUCCCCUGCAUGGGGAAAUGUUCAGUUUAAAUGUGUGCCUAUCAUCCAGCUUUUCAGAGGCACAGGAGACCUGCCAGAAACCCCUCCAGAUAUUUGGGUGCAAGCUUCCAGGGUUGAGUUACGUUACACUGCCUUUACUAUUUUAGCCAUCGGUCUGCAGUGCCACCUUGGUUUAUGUAACUCUUCCCUGACACCUUGGUUUAUGUAAUCUGCUCUGCCUUGCUAUAAAUAACAGGGUGAAGUGGGCAAUGGUGCAUGCCAGAGACCACACCCUGGGGCAGUGGCCGGAACUGAACAAACUGACAGCCCUUUUGUAGAUGCCAAACGACACUCCACACGGGUGCUUGUCCCUGUGAGAGGCAUAGCUGUCAACCGUCCCUUAUUUGGCGGGAAACUCCCUUAUCCCAAUGCCGUGUCCCGCUGCUGUCCUGGAUUGAUGAUGUCCCUUAAAUUUCCCGGGUUUCAUGCUCGCCCGGCUCGGGAGAGAAGCAGCGGCUCGGGGUGAGAGAGAGCGUGUGCACGAGCUGCCGCGUCUCCGUCUCUCCUUUUUCCCCCUCAGGAGCACGUCAUGAGGAGACGGGUGGCGGCGGACGAGCAGGCAGCCCCUCUCUUGCGAGACUUCUGCCGCGCUGCCAGGGGAAGCCGGAGGCGGCUGGGAGGCAGCCUGAGGGAGGAGGAAGAGGAGGGGAUGGGGAGGGACGCAGAAGGGCGGGGCUUCAGCGGCCACCGCGGCACCGCAACCACCUCAUGCUGGGCUCGCGGGUGAGAGUCUCUCUUCCUCCCUCCCUCUCUCUCGGGCGGGGAAGGGCCGAUGGAACUCCUCGCGCCAGGACGACGGCAGCCCCAACGUGCAUAAGCUAAGCAAAAUCCCUUAUUUUGGCUGCUGAUCCCUUAUUUUCAAGGCUGCUGGUCCCUUAUUUUCAAAUCUGUGACAGCUAUGAUAAGGCUACAGUGGUACCUCAGGUUACAGACGCUUCAGGUUACAUACGCUUCAGGUUACAGACUCCGCUAACCCAGAAAUAGUGCUUCAGGUUAAGAACUUUCCUUCAGGAUGAGAACAGGAAUCGUGCUCUGGCGGCGCAGCGGCAGCAGGAGGCCCCAUUAGCUAAAGUGGUCUUCAGGUUAAGAACAGUUUCAGGUUAAGAACAGACCUCCGGAAUGAAUUAAGUUCUUAACCCGAGGUACCACUGUACAAGUCUGGUAGGUGGGGGAGGAAAUCCUGUGCCAUUAACAACUGCUUGUUGCACAGGAAGUGAAGCGUUUCACAGCUUCUUGAUGACAGUAGAUCAAGCUGCUUUUCAAGGCGAGGAGCAAAAGCCAGGAACAGAAGUUGGCAACCCUGCUGACCUGUCUCAGCUGCUUUGCCCAGGGGACCUGAAUUUAUUAAAUCUGAAGUUGGCAUAUUGGGCUGUGUGUGUUUGUGUUCGUGCACAUGUCUGAAAUUAAUCGUAUUGUUAUGAAUCUGGGGGUGCAAGACACCCUAGAUUCCAGAUUAUGCUGGUGGUAGAAUUUAAUUUAGGCUCGGAGUAUUAAAGGCAGGAAAUAGCCAGGCUCAUUUGUAUUUAGGAUAGACCCAAGUGCGUAUCUGAGCUGUGCCAGACCUUGCUAAUCCUUUAAUGAAGCCAAGUGUUGGGGCUAAUUAAGUCAGGACUAGCUUGGGUAAUUGGUCUUUAGCGAUCAAAAGAAACUCACCUUAGAGAAGUGGGAGCCCUUUAACUGGAGAGAUAAAAGCCAAGAGCUUAGAGAAGGGAAGGGAAACAAUAUGGACAGGACCUUAGUUCAGAGUUUUAAGAAUUAUGCAACUGAGUUAUCGAGCAGUGGGGCUGGAGGGAGAGGCAGAGAAAUGGCUGGGGGGUGUUUGAACGAGGCAGAGAAAUGGCUGCACUUAUGGGGGAGGCAUAACCUCUUGGGGUAUGACUGCUAUGUGCAGCCUUAGGCUCAGGUUGUAUAAAUAAACCAUAUGUAUUUGGGGAUAAAUGUAAUUUUAGAAUGCAUGUUUUCAGGAUUCUUAACAAAAAUCUCCAUUAAAAUCCAUUUCUAUUCUGCUUUUCAUUCUAAACUAAUUCCAAAGCAGAUUGACGCAGAAAUGAUUGACUUAUGAUUGAAUAUGUGCAAUGCCGGGGGGAAAGACGACACUGUCAAUCUUUUAGUCUUUUUUAAUUUUUAUAAAAAUUGCAAUAUUUUAAAAAUGCAAGUGACAACCUUUGAUUCUGACUGAUGUGCACUCAGUAGUGAAAUAGUGCGCCUUGCAUCUUCUCAGAGUUGCUCCUCCUGUUCCUUUGCAUCUCAAAAGGCUGAAUUCAAAACAGCGUCGCCCUGGUGGAUGCUGGCCUCCAGGGGAUGGUUAUUACAGCAGCAACAAAACCACAACCUGCCCCUGCUUGGAAGCCGCAUCCUGCCUCGUGGUAGUUCUGCCUUCCAGCCACGGGUUCUCUACAGGUGAUUCAGUGGCAGAGGAGGAGUCCAGGGGCCGAUUGAGGCAACGAGAGGGUUAAAACCAGGGAGGCCUCGCCCCUUUUCUCUUAUGCAAAUGACCCGUUUGCCUUACCUGUCCUAGCAGGGCGGGGUGGGGCUGUUUGCUGAAAAAUCCAGCUAGGCAAAGUGACCAGUGUGGCUGAAGGCCUAAGGUAGCGAUUUCUUUGCUCCCGGGGUAAGUAGAAAUUUGUAUAAAUCUCCCUGUGUCCAUUUCAGAUUGCUCAUCAGAGUUUUUGAGCAGGUGUCUCUCAUCAAAGGUGUAGCCAUAAGACUCCUCUCUUAAUGAAGAUGGGGGCUUGGGCAGGUUCACAACGCAGUAUUUCAUGUAAAACAGGUCCUUUUCUCUUCGGUUUGUAGUGGAGAUUUUGCAUUUUUACAAGUGGUAUUUAGAGGCAUUUAACAGUUUUGUAAGGCAGUGAGUGGUGUUUCCUGGCAGAUCUCAUUGGGAACUUCCGGAUGAAGGUUUCCAGGAGAGCAGCCGUAGUGUGCUAAAUCUGGUGGCAUCAAAUAAGACACUCGUUUUUGUCCCAAGUGGCCGAAAGGAAUCUCUUGAGCUUCUCUUGUGCUGUUUGCGAUCCAUCUAAACGCUCUUAAUUUGAGGGUAGAGCAAAGGUGAGGUAUCUUAUUGGUGCAGUUUGCAGCUACCUUAUAAACGAACAUACAGGUUUGAUUUGUUUAGCCCUCGGUAUCAUCUCAUACUAUAUUUCUGUACAGUGGUACCUCGGGUUACAUACUCUUCAGGUUACAUACACUUCAGGUUACAGACUCUGCUAACCCAGAAAUAGUGCUUCAGGUUAAGAACUUUGCUUCAGGAUGAGAACAGAAAUCGUGCUCCGGUGGUGCAGCAGCAGCAAGAGGCCCCAUUAGCUAAAGUGGUGCUUCAGGUUAAGAACAGUUUCAGGUUAAGAACGGACCUCCGGAACGAAUUAAGUACUUAACCCAAGGUACCACUGUAACUCAAUCUGUCAGCCGGAUGGGAAGCUGUGUUUUUUGUGGUUACAUGGGAAAAUUUGAAUAAACAAACAAAAGACCACAUACUGACAAUACAGAAAUCAGGCUUAAGUAGAGAGAUGUGACAGUGACAAUCUUAUGCACACUCAACUUGCUAGGCCUGUUAGUCUCCCCUCAGUACCACGAUCCGUUCUUCUAAGUAAACAUGCAAAUGGUUGCACUGUGAAUCACCUGUUUUACUUUGAGUUUUCUUGGGCAAGAACCCACUUUGCGAUGUCUCCCACGAAGGCAUCCUGUUAAGAUUGAAGAGGGUUGUUGAUGGAUUGCAGCGCCUAUAGAUGCUUUAAGCAUAGAGGUAUUUAGGCGAGGGUGGGAGAGAUGGACAGUUUGAUUGUCUUGAAGUACCAGCACGUGAGGAGUUGCUUUUUUAUGUGGAUUCUCGAGUUUACCACUUGGUUUCGCUAACCAGCACCUCCUGUCCAGCCCUCAGUACGCUGCUUCUUGGGAAUGUUAAAAUUCAGGUUUAUUGCAGCGGGUGCCGCAGAGUUCUUGUUGGCCUCUGAUUUAAUUUCUUGCGCAUAACUGCUUUGCAAAACACACCCAGUGAUCUAAUACUUCACGGGCCACCUGCAAACACGUCAAGGUCAGAGUAACUGUGAGGAGGGUGUGUUCAAACUACCCAGUAAAGUUUCUUCCUCUCUUUUAAUAAAGUACCCUGAGUUGCUAUAGGGCCUUUUGUCUCAAAGAUGAUGUAUCCUUCCUGUCUCCUGUGUUGGAAUAUAUUUUAGCUGCCGUUUUUGUCAUGGGCUUGUGCAGAUGUCAUUAUGAAAGGUCAUUGGCAUACAAAAACAGAGUCUGGUUCUGGGGUCGCUAGCCACACCAUUAUUAUGGUCGCGGGACUAAGAUUUCAUAGAAUCAUAGAUCUGUAGAGUUUGAAGUGACCCUGAGGAUCAUCUCAUCCAACCCAGUGCCGGAUUUACGUUUAAGCUAAACGAGCUAUAGCUUAGGGGCCCCCUCUCUUGGGGGCCCCCAAAAAAUUUCAAAGGGGAAAAAUCUGGAUGUACAUUUCCAAAAUAUAAGAUGAAAAACAAAUAAAAUAAAACCUACAUACAGCAACAGUGUUUUGUGUUGUGUAGGCUCCUAUGAUGUAAGUAAUGGGCCCCGCCUGCUAGCCUGCUCCCUAAAAUAUCACUGGUUUGCUCAUUUCUAUAUAUAGGGUGCCUACAUUCUGCAUAUGGGACACGGGUGGCGCUGUGGGUUAAACCACACAGCCUAGGGCUUGCCGAUCAGAAGGUCGGCGGUUUGAAUCCCCGCGAUGGGGUGAGCUCCCGUUGCUCGGUCCCUGCUCCUGCCAACCUAGCAGUUCGAAAGCACGUCAAAGUGCAAGUAGAUAAAUAGGUACUGCUCCAGGGAGAAGGUAAACGGCGUUUCCAUGCGCUGCUCUGGUUCGCCAGAAGCGUCUUAGUCAUGCUGGCCACAUGACCUGGAAGCUGUACGCCGGCUCCCUCGGCCAAUAAAGCGAGAUGAGUGCCGCAGCCCCAGAGUUGGUCACGACUGGACCUAAUGGUCAGGGGUCCCUUUACCUUUUAACUGUUGGAAUGUAGGGCUCCCAGGUCAAAAAGCGUAGGAUUUGCAGAGGGACUGAAUCCUUGGCAUUUCUCUGCGCAUGGCCCCAGGAGCAUAGAGGAGGAAGUCUUGAUGAGUGACUAUGAAACUGUCAGUAGAGCGCAUUAGGUAGGACUUAACGCCCCUGUUGUCACAGCAACUGAUCUGUCCCACAAACCUCAACAGGAAACCUGCAAAAGGCAAUCGGCGAGGGUUCUUGUUUUGUGCACUGCGUUGUGUUGCUCCUUCCCUCGUGAUUGGCCGGUGAUUGAGAAAGUGAAUUGUCCCUUUCCCGCCCGCCCUCAGCCAUUUUCUCCCCAUUAAGGCGCUGCGUCUGGAUUCUGUGACAUACCUUCUUGGCUGGUGUUGGCAAUGGGCGACUGGGUCCCCAGAGCGUUUUCCCGGCGCAAAUCACGUCGUCCGCCCGACCUUCCCAAGGUAUGGUGAUGUGGGAAAGGUAGAUAGUUGCUAACUAAGUCAAGAGUGCUGCUUAGCGCUUGCUUUUGAGGUGGUUCAGAACUUGUCGUGUACUCCGUGGUCUAGGGCUGGAAAUAUUUGGAUGUGUUAGGGCAGGCACCCCCAAACUCAGCCCUCCAGAUGUUUUGGGACUACAAUUCCCAUUAUCCCAGACCACUGGUUCUGUUAGCUAGGGAUGAUGGGAGUUGUAGUCCCAAAACAUCUGGAGGGCCGAGUUUGGGGGUGCCUGUGUUAGGGCCUCUGGGCAUGUGCAGAGUGUUCUCUCUCUCUCUUGAAUAGUUGCAGUGGGUCACUUGCAUAUCUGGGGCUAGGAAUAUGAGAUUCCUAGGGAAGUUCAUGCACGCCUUUUAGAAAGUAGUCAACAAGGGGGAAGGGUAUUCCAAUUGCUGAUUAAAAUAUAUCACACCAUGUUUAGAAGAGGUGGUGGAUGAUAGGAAAUUCAUAAUAAUUUCCACUAUGUAAAAUCCACCCCCCCUCACCCCAAAGCUCUGGGGCUCUGUCCCAUGAUUGUCAGAAGAUGGGCCUACGCAGAGUUCCCCAUCGCAGCACCUCUGUGACUGGUAAAUCUGUUUAUUUAUUCUAGAUUUUAUAUCUUGCCUUUCAAAAGUGAACAUUUUUGCACAAGAAGGUGCACAAGGUAGACAAGCCAAACAUAUUAUAUAUGCAUAUAUAACAAAAAUAUGUAGGAAUAAUUCUAGUCAGCGUUUAACUGUGUUGCUUUGAACGUAUGUUUUAUAUUUGCCUUUCAUCAGUAAUGUUUUAUCCUGGGUUGUUUUUACUUGACGUUUUAACGUGUUAUAAACCGCUUUGGGGGUUUUUUCUUAAGAAUAUACAGCGGUAAAAAAAUGAGAUAAAUAAUAAAUAAAAUCUAAUGAAUGUAGUAACUAGUCAACUAAAACAUUGAAACAUCUGCCGUUCCCUGUACAAUAGAGUCUCAAGACUACAGCUCCCAGCAUAACAUAACAUAACAUAACAUAACAUAACAUAACAUAACAUAACAUAACAUAACACAUAAGAUAACAGAUUUCAGCAGAUGUGCCUUGCCAGAGAGCAACGAGCUCAUUCCUUGACUACAUUCAAUGCUCCAUGCAGCUGUUAUAGUGGGAAGAGUCUAGGGGGCUUAGAGGGGCCGCAUUUACCGCUGCUUUUCUAAACAAUGGCAUGCUAUAAUAAUAACAAUAAUAUUUUUAUUGUUUAUAUGCCUCCCAUCUGACUGGAUUACCCCAGCCACUCUAGGUGGCUAACAACAAAUUGAAACACAGUAAGACAUCAAACAUUAAAAACUAAUAAUAGUAAUAAAAAUAAUAAAUAAUAAUAACGCUAUACGUUGAUGGGAAAGUUGGCUUCUGGAAAUGUUUAGAGGUGGGAAAUUCUGGUGCAUCCACUCUUGGCCCAGGCCUAGAACUUGCUCUGCUUUUUAAGUGUUGCAUGAAAAAGUCUUUCACAACCUGCUGUCCCCUCUCUCCCCGCAAAAGCACCGUGAACUGAAAGUUGGUGCCCUGUCUGGAAAACUAGGCUGCAGUCCCAUAUCUAGUCAUAAGCCCUACUGAGCUUGCAGACUUGUGAAGCUUUGCACCUUUGGACAAGGAAAAGCCUUUUCAGGACCUGAACUUUGCUCAGGCAAUUUAGAGCUGUUUGGGGUUUGCUCUCCCUCCUUCUCCUCCUCCCCACAUUGGCAAGACUGAGACAGGAAGGGGAAGUAAAAAUGCCAAAGGUCUAAAUUUAGUCAGGGACAAGAAAGUGGGGGCUAUUAUGAUAAAUGUAGAGCUGAGCUAAUUUUCUCUCCGAAGAGAUUUUUCUGGGAUUUUUUUUUUAUCUCCUUCUCCCCCAAAGACCAUUAUCUGAAUAUUUCUGUGGUGCCCUAAUAAUACUGCACCCUGCAACGAGACUGAAGACUACCAGACCUUCUAAUCCAACCCCCAAAGGACACAGUAAAUAAAUCAGCCUUUUACAAUCUGUUUAAAAGAGACCAGAGAUGGGGCUUGUGUGCUAUCUCUUGGAAUUGAGUGCCAUAAUACGGGGAGGGGGGGAGCUUUUUUAAAUAUUUGCUGGUUCUAUACUCCAAAGAGCAGUUUUGAGGGCUGCAAUGACCCAUUUGUGGCUAAAGAGCAGGUCAGUCUGGCUGGAGUCACAGCCACAAUUUCCUGGGACUUGCCCUGGAAUAAGCAUGCAUGAGCUGUUCGACAGUGGGAUUUGCUGCCAAGGAGUGUGGUGGAGUCUCCUUCUUUGGAGGUCUUUAAGCAGAGGCUUGACAACCAUAUGUCAGGAGUGCUCUGAUGGUGUUUCCUGCUUGGCAGGGGGUUGGACUCGAUGGCCCUUGUGGUCUAUUCCAAUUCUAUGAUUCUAUGAGAUUGCAACUGUUUGGAUUGUACUGAAGUCUUCGAGCAGUUUGCAUGACUGUUUUGUUGGUGUUUAGUCGUUUAGUUGUGUCUGACUCUUCAUGACCCCUUGACUGGAGCACGCCAGGCACUCCUGUCUUCCACUGCCUCCCGCAGUUUGGUCAAACUCAUGCUGGUAGCUUUGAGAACACUGUCCAACCAUCUCGUCCUCUGUCGUCCCCUUCUCCUUGUGCCCUCCGUCUUUCCCAACAUCAGGGUCUUUUCCAGGGAGUCUUCUCUUCUCAUGAGGUGGCCAAAGUAUUGGAGCCUCAGCUUCAGGAUCUGUCCUUCCAGUGAGCACACAGGGCUGAUUUCCUUCAGAAUGGAGAGGUUUGAUUUUCUUGCAGCCCAUGGGACUCUCUCAAGAGUCUCCUCCAGCACCAUGACUGUUAGCUGGCCACUAAAAAUAUUUGAAGUGACGCUUUUCCUGCGUUCCAAGAGCUUCAUGCAGUUUCUUUGUGAUCCUUAGUACAGACCAGUAACGUAGGCCGGCCAUGACCACAAAGUGGGGUUUCUAUAUCCAGAGACAGUUUACUUUUGAAUGUUAGAUUCUGAGCAUAGGGUCCUGCUUUCAUGUUCUGCCUCUGGGACUGGCUGACCUCUCUUGGGGACAGGGUGCUCGCCUAAGGGAGACAGUGGCCUCAUUGCAGCAAUCCUGUUUUGCUCUCCAUGUUCAGGCCUGCAAAGAUCCAGUUGCCACAGUGGCCCUGAUGGUGGCCCCAGUUAAAAGUGGCCCUGAUGGUGUUUUAAGCUGAGUGAUUUGAAGAGAGCACAAAAUAGGUUUUCUCUGCCUCCACCCAUGUCUGCUGUUGGGGGUGAAAUCUGGCGCCUCCACUUCCUUCCAUAAACUCAGCCAGGGCUUUCCAGGGCACAGCUGCAGAAUUGCAUUCAGUGGUAGAAUAUGCAAAGCAAUGAUUCCCUCGCUAUCAUCAGGUCACCGUUUCUCCUCCAAAUCUGGCUCUGAAGUUUUGCAAAGAAGGAACGUUGUACCCCGUGCCCAUAUUUCAGGUCCAGAUUUGUUGAGAGUGGAGGGUUAUUUCUUAUUCUGUUACUAUUUUCCAUUGCAUGCCAGCAAAUUCAGGUUGGGCAAUUCAAGGCCUUGUGCAACAAACUCAAUUCCCCCCCCAAAUAUUGGAUUAUUUUUGCAAUAGGAAAGGUGGUGAGGAAAUGUCAUGAGAAGUGUGGGUUAAUACUUGCACCGGCCGCUCCGUAAACAAAUCGGAGUGAAUGUUUCUUCAAUAGCCCAGGUUGUCUAAUCUCCCUGCAAACAGAUUGGGGUGAGUGCUCAAUAAACAGGUUGUCUGGAAGCGCCUUGAGACCAGUCUUGAUCUGACCACAGUGAUCCAUGCGAUGGUCACCUCCAGGCUUGAUUAUUGUAACUCGUUCUACGUGGGGCUGCCCUUGAAGCUGACCCAGAAACUCUAGCAGGUGCAGAAUGUUAUGGUGAGGCUCCUUACGGGGUCCUUGCCGCGGGAUCACGUUCAUCCAGUGCUUUUCCAGCUGCACUGGCUCCCGGUGGAGUACAAGGUCAGGUUUAAGGCGCUGGUUUUGACGUUUAAAGCCCUAUGCGGCCUAGGACCCUCGUACCUACGGGACUGCCUCUCCUGGUAUGCCCUGCGGAGGACCUUAAGGUCCACAAAUAACAACACUUUGGAGGUCCCAAGCCGCAAGGUGGUUAGAUUGGUUUCAGCUAGGGCCAGGGCCUUUUCAGUACUGGCCCCGACUUGGUGGAACACUCUGUCACAAGAGACUAGGCCCUGUGGGACUUGACAUAUUUCUGCAGGGCCUGCAAGACAGACCCAUUCUGCCUGGCCUUUGGUUUGGACUCAGUCUGACCCUUAUGUUUCCCUCCCCUUAUGGUUUUGAUUUAUGGGCUACUAUUAAAAUGAGGCUGCAAUUUAAAUUGUAUUUUAACCCGUAUUUUAAUAAACUGGUUUGUUUGUUUGUUUGUUUGUUGUCCCGCCCCCCAUUAUGUUUUAUUGUAAUUUUAUUGGUGUUAGCCGCCCUGAGCCUGGCUGUGGCCAGGGAGGGCGGGGUAUAAAUAAAAAAAUAUUAUUAUUAUUAUUAAGGAUAGCUGCCUAGUUCAGACUGAAAGAGAUUUGACCCAAAGACAGCUGAGUCUGUGUGCUGCCUUUGUGUUGUGUAGGGUGAGUUGUGGGAGACCCCAAAAGCCAUACAGUCCACCCUGCUGCUCCACUUGGACUGAUAUUCUCCCCCCAGCAUCCUCUCUGCCUCGGUAGUUCCUCUUGGCUGGGUUGAGUUUUGCAACCUGGGAUCUAUUUAUGUCCUCAGCCCUCGGCCGUCGCCUGCCCAAGAAUAAAGCAGCCACUUCCCCCAUUCAGAGUCAGCUCAAAGACUCUUGUCUGCGUGCCUGUUUCUGUUGUAAGCUCCUAACAUCUUUGUGAGCCAACACCCACUGGCUCUGAGCGUGCCCGACUCGGCUCAAGGAGAAUGCCCCUCUGAACUGUUGAACUUUGUCCAUGCUUGGAUGACCUCUCAGCUCUGCCUUUCAUGUUGCCUGUUUCGGGAGCAUAGGAAUCUUCCUUCUACAGAGUCACACCCUUGUAGUUAUACCCUUAACCCAUACUUCUCUAGUGUCCUGGAUUUGACUUUUCUGUUUGGAAGCUGCCGUAAUAAUAAUAAUAAUAAUAAUAAUUUAUUAUUUAUACCCCGUCCAUCUGGCUGGGCUUCCCCAGCCACUCUGGGCGGCUUCCAAAAAAAUAUUAAAAUACUGUAAUACAUCAAACAUUAAAAGCUUCCCUAAACGGGGCUGCCUUCAGAUGUCUUCUAAAAGUCUGGUAGUUGUUGUUCUCUUUGACAUCUGGUGGGAGGGUGUUCCACAGGGCGGGCGCCACCACUGAGAAGGCCCUCUGCCUGGUUCUCUGUAACUUGGCUUCUCGCACCUUGGCUUAUCAUCCCUGAUUUCACAUACACCACCCCCCCCACACACAUACACAUCCAUUCACAUGUUUUUCUCUUCCUCCUGGCUGUGUCUUUUUUUAUAGAAUAAUCUUUAUUGGUUUUUCAGUUACAUACUCUACAUACAGAUAUUGUAUUACAUUUUGCAUUUAUACUUGCUCCUAAGAGCUGACUUCCCUCCUUCCUUCUUCUGGUUUUUUUAUAUCACCUCUAAAUUUUUCGCAUUGUCUUCAUCCAUUUUGUAUACUGUAUUUUUUUUGUUCUUCCAUAUUUGUCCAUGAUACAUCUAUAAACAAAUAAGUCCUUCUAUAUUUACAAUUCCUGUUGUCUGUCUAUAUUCAUUUACAACUAUUAUUUACAUUACUCACAUUAUACAUUUUACUUCUUAUAGAAUCAUAGAAUCAUAGAGUUGGAAGAGACCACAAGGGCCAUCGAGUCCAACCCCCUGCCAAUUAUUUUCAUUUAUCCAAUAAUUUUCUUUGUAUUUCACAUUAUGAGGUUUAUUUCAGUUCUACUGGUUUCACUAUCUCACCUUAUUUUUCCUAUGCACGACAUAAAUUUUUCCCAUUCUUUCUGAAAUGUUUCAUCGCCCUGUUGUCGAAUUUCCCCCGUUAAUUUAGCUAUUUCUGCAUAUUCCAAUACCCUCUGUCGCCAUUCUUCUACUGUUGGCAAUUGUUAUUGUUUCCAAACCUGGGCUAAUAAUAACCUCACCGCUGUUGUUGCAUAUAAGAACAAUUUCUGAUCAUUCUUAACAGUAUCCUCUGGCUUUUUCAAAAACGUAUAUCUAAAGAUCUUCUUUAGGUCAUUGUAUAUGUUUUCCCAGUAAGUUUUUACCUUAUCACAUGUCCUCCUUGGAUGUGUCUUACUUUUACUUCUAAAUUUGUGGGGCAGUGUCUGCUUUUUAUUUAUUUUUCUGCGACAUUUAACACUGUCACAUAUCCUUUUCAUGAAUAUAUGCAUUUUUACAGACCCUUUACCUGGUACAUGAAAGUUUUGUGCCCAUUACUAGGCUGGAGAAGUGCAAAAUUUGGACAAGUGUGAAAUUUGAAGGAUGGCUGUCAUUUGGAAAGUGCAGAUUAGGGUGGUUUGCCUUCAAAUGUGAACUGAAUUGAAUCUCUUCCCCCUUAUGCACAUCUUGCCAGCGUGUUUUUUGGCUAUGUGCACAUUGGCCGCUUGAAACAUAGCGAGGGUCACAGAGUGGGAAGAGAUACCUGCUUGGUAAUUGGGAUGUGGGUGGCACUGUGGUUUAAACCACUGAGCCUUGGGCUUGCUGAUCGGAAGGUCGGCAGUUCGAAUCCCCGUGACGGGUUGAGCUCCUGUUGCUCUGUGCCAGCACCUGUCAACCAAGCAGUUCGAAAGCAUGCCGGUGCAAGUAGAUAAAUAGGUACCACUGUGGCGGGAAGGCAAAUGGUUUUUCCGUGCGCUCUGGUUUCCAUCACGGUGUUCUGUUGCGCCAGAAGCGGUUUAGUCAUUCUGGACACAUGACCCGGAAAGCUGUCUGUGGACAAACGCCAGCUCCCUCAGCCUGAAAGCUUGAUGAACGCCGCAACUCCAUAGUUGCCUUUGACUAGACUUAACCGUCCAGGGGUCCUUUACCUUUACCUUUCCUUACCUGCUUGGUUUCCCUGCGCCAAACUCCAGUUCACCACUGAAGCUGUCGUCUGUGCUUGUGCGACAGCUGUCUGAAAUGUACACACCUCAGCUUAACUGCGGCUUGCAUUUUCAAACUGGGUGGUUGCUGCUUUUCAGGAAAGCACAUAUUUCUCUAGAAGCGACAAGAUACCUGUAGAUUGUAGUUAACAUCAUGUGUACUCUGCUUCAAACACCAGAACUGGAGUGAGCAAUAAUGCGUACACUGCCGCUCUAUUCCCCAGUUACUAACUAUAGGCCUGGAUAGCAAAAACAACCCUACACAUUUCCUGUCAAGUGUUUCCCACUUCUGAGUGGCGAGAAACUCCAACACCACAGCUUUUCCUAUGAAUGAGAAAAAACAGAUUCACAAAUACUGUAUUUUUCGCCCUAUAAAACGCAAUUUUUCCCCUCCAAAAAUGAAGGGGAAAUGUGUGUGCGUCCUAUGGGGCGAAUGCAGGCUUUCGCUGAAGCCUGGAGAGUGAGAGGGGUCGGUGCGCACCAACCCCUCUCGCUCUCCAGGCUUCAGGAAGCUAUCCCCCCAGCCCGGCAAGCUCCCAGAGCGAUGCCGAAGCUGCACUCUGGGACCCGUUCUGGAGGCUGGGGUAGGGGGAAGCUCGGGCUUCCCCUGCCCCAGCCCCGCGCCUGGGGGGAGAAAUAAAUUUCCCCCCCUUUAUUCCUCCCCCUCCCCCAAAAUCUAGGUGCGUCCUAUGGGCCGGUGCGUCCUAUAGGGCGAAAAAUACGGUAGAUUAGGGCAGUACCAUAAAUGCAGGUGUGCCUCAGUAAUGCAGGUCUUUAUUCUAUGUCUGAUUCCCAACAGUGGCUGUGGCUGUCACAGGCAGCCAGCAAAGGUGCAAAUGACUUAAUUCUGGCUAAAUUCCUAGCUUUUCUUCCUAGAAUCAUAGAAUUGUAGAGCAUGAGGGGAGGCUGGGGGGGUCAUUUAGUCCAACCUCCUGAAGUGCAGGAAUCCUGCGCACAGCCACCUCCGAGUGGGCUCGAACCACCAACCUUCUGGUUAACAGCCAGACGCACUCCUUAAAUUCAGAAGAUGUCAAGUCUAGCUUCAGUUUCUCUGCCCGACCUUGAAGGCAAGCUGCUUAUUUGGGAAGCCAUCCUGUUGAGAGGGAAUGGUCUGUUUCUGCCUGGGUAGCUCAGUCGGUAGAGUAUUAAAUCUCAGAGUUGUGGGUUCAAGCCCCAUGUUGGACGAAAGAUUCCAGCAUUGUAGGGCGCCGUGGUGUCCCUUCAAAUUCCACGAUUCUGAAGAUGUCGGUGUGCAGUUCCUAAAGAGCUUGGGUCAACUGCUUCCACCUGUGAGUGUGGGGAUCAGCACUCCCUAUUUGCACAUGGGUAACACAAGUGGCGCUGUGGGUUAAACCACUGAGCCUAGGACUUGCCGAUCAGAAGGUCGGUGGUUCGAAUCCCUGCGAUGGGGUGAACUCCUGUUGCUCGGUCCCUACUCCUGCCAACCUACCAGUUCGAAAGCACGUCAAAGUGCAAGUAGAUAAAUAGGUACCGCUCCAGCGGGAAGGUAAACGGCGUUUCCGUGCGCUGCUCUGGUUCGCCAGAAGCGGCUUAGUCAUGCUGGCCACAUGACCCGGAAGCUGUACGCCAGCUCCCUCGGCCAAUAAAGCAAGAUGAGCGCUGCAACCCCAGAGUCGGCCACGACUGGACCUAAUGGUCAGGGGUCCCUUUACCAUUACCUUUAACCGAGGUCUAGUAGCAACUCGUGCACAGAGGAAGCUGAGUGACAAUGCGUGAGCAGAGGUGCCAGUAGGAAGCUGCAGACUGAACUCACUAUUCAAAGCGGCAGGGAGGGAGGUAUCACUGCUUGAGCAUGCCGACAAACAGCUUUCUCUCAGCUGAGAAGCAGCUGGCUGUACAGUUUUGCAGUGAUGACGAAUCGAAACUCAGCAACGCAUCUCGUAUAAUGAUCAAGGCUGAGUCCUGGCACAGAAAAGCCGGUCCCACAGCUAGGCUCUGAUUCACUUAGUGCACUCAGCACUUGCUCAGAGGCACUCUUUGCCCCUGUUGCACAUGUUCAGGGACUUGGGCUUGACACCAGGGAACAGACUCUGGGGUGAGGCCUUCAAUCAAUUGGGACAGAGGUGCCCUUGGGCAGCUCCCAGGGUCCUGGCAGGGCUCAUCACUGAUGAAUUAUAGAAUUGUAGACUGGGAAGGGACCCUGGGGGUCAUCAACCCCCUGCAAUGACAUCUGCCCUGGGCCUGCGUUCCAAUUCCUUUAUCCUUUCCUGGCUGGAUCUAGGCACCCUUUUAAUCUCCCUCGUUACCCCUGUCUCAGUGUUGCUCUGGGGCAUCAAGGGAAAAUGCAAAUGAUGGCCAGGCCCAGCUACCCAGGGUUGAUUAGAAAGCUGCCAUCACAACCCUGUGAUCAUCAUCUGAGCCUCUCCUUUGUGUGCCUCCCCCAUGAGAGGUCCGUAGGGUGGCAACCUGAGAACAGGGCCUUUUCUGCAGUGGCUCCCUGUUGGUGGAAUGCUCUCCCCAGGGAGGCUCGUCUGGCGCCUUCAUUGCAUAUCUUUAGGCCCCAGGCAAAAACAUUUCAACCAUCUGUUUGGCUGAUAAACAUUCUGUGGCCUUUUAAAUGUGUAUGUGGGUUAUUGGGUUGUUUUGCUUUUGUUUUAUUAUGUAUUUUACAUUUUUGUUUUGUACUUUUAUGCUGUAAACUGCCCUGCGAUUUUCUGAUGAAGUGUGGGACGCGGGUGGCGCUGUGGGUAAAACCUCAGCGCCUAGGACUUGCCAAUCGCAUGGUCGGCGGUUCGAAUCCCCGCGGCGGGGUGCGCUCCCGUUGCUCGGUCCCAGUGCCUAGCAGUUCAAAAGCACCCCCGGGUGCAAGUAGAUAAAUAGGGACCGCUUACUAACGGGAAGAUAAACGGCGUUUCCGUGUGCUGCGCUGGCUCGCCAGAUGCAGUUUGUCACGCUGGCCACGUGACCCGGAAGUGUCUGCGGACAGCGCUGGCCCCCGGCCUCUUAAGUGAGAUGGGCGCACAACCCUAGUCGGACACGACUGGCCCGUACGGGCAGGGGUACCUUUACCUUUACCUUUUACUUUUAUGCUGUGAACUGCCCUGCGAUUUUCUGAUGAAGUGGGGUAUACAAAUCGAGCAAACUUGGAGCCAGCCCUGCCCACAAUGUUUGACCUAUCAUCUUCCCUCCCUUAAAUACAGUGGUACCUUGGGUUAAGAACUUAAUUCGUUCUGGAGGUCCAUUCUUAACCUGAAACUGUUCUUAACCUGAGGUACUACUUUAGCUAAUGGGUCCUCCCGCUGCCGCCACACGAUUUCUGUUCUCAUACUAAAGCAAAGUUCUUAACUCAAGGUAAUAUUUCUGGGUUAGCGGAGUCUGUAACCUGAAGCGUCUGUAACCUGAAGCAUCUGUAACCCGAGGUACCACUGUAGAGAGAAAUUUAGCAGAUGAAGCUCUCCUGACAUGGAGCUAAGAUUAUGCCAAGAGUAUCACUUAUUUUCAGGCUGAGGCCAAUGCAAGAAAGGUAGUAACUCUAGCUAUGAGCUGAGAGAUAUGGAAAGUGGGGGAAAGUACUUGAUAUUUCAGGGGCGCAGGAUAACUGUUUGUUACUUGGGAUGUAGGUCUGCUUGCUUGGAGUACUAUAGAAAAUUCUGCAAACUUCCUUUGCUGUCUCACCACAGAGCAAACAGAUCCUGGCAACUCCUGUCUACCAGGAAACACAAAGCAAUACAAGUUUAAUGUUUUAAAUGGUUGGUUAUAUUUAUUUACAACAUUUAUAUGUUGCCAUUAAUAAAAGCUUUCUCUGUGUAGUUCACAAAUAAAAGUUUUAAACCAUGAAGUGUAAAAAAUGGAAUUUAACCAAGACGCAUAGUAAGCACUGAGAAAACCACAAAUUAAAAAUAAAAGUAAACCUAUUUUAAAGGAAAUCAGAAUUGAGGCAGCCUAAAGAAGAGGAAAUACUUCAGAACUGGCACAAAAAACGCAGAUUCCCUGGGCAAAAGCCUUUUUUUAUGCUGCAUUGCCUAGAUCUAUAUUUAUCUUUCUUUUUAAUGGAUCCUUCCUUUCAACUUGUAAAGAAAUUUUCUCGGUGUAAUGGUGUACAGUCUGGCAUACAGUUAUAUGCUUGCACAGGGAGUUUUUUUGUACAUGUACCGUUUCCAAGAGUCCUUUGUUUCAGAAGUCUCUUGCUCCAUUUCAAAAUAGUUGGCCUGUGUUGCUUGAUUUUCGUCUAGUUGCUGCAUUCAGGUAAGUUUCAGGAAACGAACAGGCUGCCCUCCCCGUGAACCCCCUUUGGAUUUCUCAGGUACAUCCUCCAAUAGACAGAAGCGGGUUUGAUAGGGAGAAAGGACUACCAAACCUGUUAAGUUGUGGGUGAACAUAUCAGACGACACAGCGAUUCUUCAAACAGCUCUUGUUUAUUUGCAGGCCAGGACAGAACUGAACUGAAGGGCUCAGUCAGCCUGCUUAUAUAGAGCUCCAGUACCACGUUACUGUAACAGCUUUCUAAAACUAUCCAAUCACUGAACGUCACUUUCGAUCCUUUAUUUGCAUAACUAUCUACAGUAUCCAUCCAAUCACUGAACGUCACUUUCGAUCCUUCAUUUGCAUAACUAUCUACAGUAUCCAUCCAAUCACUGAACAUCACUUUCAAUCCUUCAUUUGUAUAACUAUCUACAGUAUCCCCCUGCUGGCCCAGAGUGAGAACUUCAGUACAUAACAAAACCCACUUUUGGAACUGGGCCAUUCAUUGCUGGACACAACUGCGAAGGGCCAGGCUUGUAGCAGCCAAGCAGACCAGCUGGAGAACCAAGGGAAACCAAACCUCAUUGUGAAUCGCUCUCGGGACAUUAAAAACUGAGGGCACUUCUGUCAGACUGUCAUUGUACUGGGGUGGGAUUCAGUCACAUCCUGGCAAAUUCAGGUUGUGCAUUUGAUUAGAAGGUCAAGCCUUUUGCUGUAAGGAAAGUGAUGGGGAAAAGCUCCUGAAAAUGUGGGGUGGAACUUGCUUUGAUGCACCGUUGUCUGGCCUCCCUGCAAGCAGAUCUGAGUGACUGCUCAGGUCGUCUGGAAGCACCCUGAGUUAGCAUUACCUAAUAGGAGAAAAUGCGAGGAAUAUCAAUCAAUCAAUCAAUCAAUCAAUCAAUCAAUCUUUAUUACGGUCCAGAGACCCAACAAAUCGUUACAAAGCAAUGCACAAUACAGACAGCCUACCUCCAGGUUAAACAAGCAUUUUGUUCAGACUUAAAGAUAGGGAUGGGACGCGGGUGGCGCUGUGGGCUAAACCACAGAGCCUAGGGCUUGCAGAUCAGAAGGUCAGUGGUUCGAAUCCCCGCGACAGGGUGAGCUCCCAUUGCUCGGUCCCUGCUCCUGCCAACUUAGCAGUUCGAAUGCACGUGAAAGUGCAAGUAGAUAAAUAGGUACCGCUCUGGCGGGAAGGUAAACAGCAUUUCCGUGCGCUGCUCUGGUUUGCCAGAAGCGGCUUAGUCAUGCUGGCCACAUGACCCGGAAGCUGUCUGCGGACAAACGCCGGCUCUCUCGGACAAUAAAGCAAGAUGAGUGCCGCAGCCCCAGAGUCGGUCACGACUGGGUCUAAUGGUCAGGGGUCCCUUUUCCUUUACCUUAAAGAUAGGGAUCAUUGGUUCUUGCAACCACCGAUAAAAACUUCACCACUGCUAAUGUUCUAGCGAUUGUCUAGUCUUCGAAUAGGAACCUGACAUAGUGAGCCUCUGAUUUUCCCGGGAAAGGUACCAGCAAGGGUAAUAGAAGAAUAUAGGAAAUACAACUUAUAGGAGCUAAUGACAAGGGAAGUUUGGGCGUUACAAAAGAUGAAGCAUGACCAGCUGACCACAUCCAGCUGACCAAACGUUAGAAAUCCAGCACGUUUCUGUGGAUUGGAGGCUUUGGGAGUCCUGCCUCUGUGUGUCACGUAAUUGUGUGAUGAUGCAGUUGGCUGACAACGACUUCUUUUAUUUCUUAUUUUCAGCCUCAGCCAAGCAAGGAGGUGGCUGAAGAUCCUGUGUAUGUGAAUCUCCAGGAGCUCCGGUUGGAACGGAGUCCCUCCGCUGCAAGCAAAACUGAAUCCAUACCCCAGCCCCACCUCAGCAGCCCCCCAGUGAGCUGGGAGACCCACACGGACGCAGAAAGUGGCCGCUUGUUCUACUACAAUUCGGCCACCGGCCAAACGACCUGGGAGCCUCCGUUCGACGGUCCUGCCGGCGGCGGGAGUCCCCCUCCUUCUUGCUCACCCUUGCUGGCCCUCAGCCCUGCCACACCUGCCGAGUGGGACCAAUAUGUAGACGAGGCCAGCGGGCAGGUGUUCUUCUACAACACAUCGACGGGCGAGACGUCGUGGGACGCACCCCGGAUGGACGAAACCCUCAAUUAUCCGGAGAUGCAGCCUGCGUUUGUGCCUUACAGCCCUGUGGAUCGGAGGGUAAAUGUCGGGGAGGGGUCUACUGGGUCUUGGGGUGGGGGGCAAAUUCUGAUGCAUAGCUGUCGAGCGUCCCUUAUUUGGCGGGACAGUCCCUUAUCCCAGCGCUAUGUCCCGCUGCUGUCCCUUAUUGAUGAUGUCCCUUAAAUAAGCUACUGAAGGUAAUGGGGCCCUUUCUAUGUCCAGCUGUUCUUUGUCAACAACAAAUUGUUGCCUUUUUUUGUGUUGAAUAUAUGCUAUAUGGUAAUUUAUGGACCUAAUAGGUAUCUAAAGCCAUUUGCACGCAACAAAAUAUGUAUUUUAUCAAAGUAAUUGUUGAUCCCAUAUUUUGGCUGCUGAUCCCUUAUUUUCGAGGCUGCUGGUCCCUUAUUUUCAAAUCUGUAAGUUGACAGCUAUGUUCUGAUGCAGUAGAUAGCCCACUGAAGUCUAGUUCAUGUAGUGAGGACUGAGGACAAUCUACGUCCAGGGAUGAGACCAGUGCCAGAUUUAUGUACGGUAUAAGCCAGGGGUAGGCAAACUAAGCCCUGGGGUCCGGAUCCGGCCCAAUCGCCUUCUCAGUCCGGCCCGUGGACGGUCCGGUAAUCAGCGUGUUUUUACAUGAGUAGAAUGUGUCCUUUUAUUUAAAAUGCAUCUCUGGGUUAUUUGCGGGGCCUGCCUGGUGUUUUUACAUGAGUAGAAUGUGUGCUUUUAUUGAAAAUGCAUCUCUGGGUUAUUUGUGGGACAUAGGAAUUGUUCUUUCCCCCCCCCUCCAAAAUACAGUCCGGCCCCCCACAAGGUUUGAGGGACAGUGGACCGGCCCCCUGCUGAAAAAGUUUGCUGACCCCUAGUAUAAGCUGAACAAGCUAUAUCUUAGGGCCCCACUCUCUUGGAGCCCCGCCCCCAAUAUACUGCUACUUAAGUGUAUUUCAGUUCAACAACAAAUAUGUAUUUUAUUUUGUUAUGUGCAAAUGGCUUUAGAUACCUAUUAGGUCCAUAAAUUACCCUAUAGCUUAAAUUCAACACAAAAAACGGCAAGAAUUUGUUGUUGACAAAGGACAGCUGGACAUAUAAAGGGCCCCAUUACCUUCAGUAGCUUAGGGCCUCAUUAAACCUAAAUCCGGCCCUGGAUGAGACAUUGGUGGAUAGAAAGUUAUGGCCCGGGAAACUGCCUGUGGAAAGACUGGUUGAUGAGUGUUGAACACAUAUGGCCUGAUUUUCCAUGUUAGGAGUAAGUAAGAAUUUUUCCUCUAGGGCCAUGUGGCGAAGAGGGUCACCAGGGUCCGAAUUUAUCCUUGAUGUUGAGGCUGUGUGUGGAUUGAGCCUGUAAGCAGGGUGGAUUUGAUUUAAAUCAAAUCGAUUUAAAUCAUGAUUUAAAUCACUAGUCAGUAAGACUUGAUUUAAAUCAUUUUUUUACAGAAAGACGCAUUCUUGCUGGUAUAAUCUUAAUAUUUACAACCAGAUGAAGGUUUCGUUUUUGGAAUAGUAAAUUUUCAGAGUAGUUUUUACAGUUAUAUCAGAAAUUACUCAUUUGGUUAUACUAUUAGAAAUACAUAGAUAAUUAUGAAAUUAUUGUGAGGUUUAAUAAGUUAACUGUUUAUAUUUGGACAACUUUUCUACUAUACUUUAUUGGAAGGAGAAAAAUAAUCAUUUCCUUAAUAACAAUUUAAACAAUUUAUUGAAUUAAAACAACAUUACAGCAGAUGUAUCCAUGUUUGUUAACUGAUGUGGUUAAACAAUUUUAAAAAAAACUUAGACUGAGUUUUAGCACACAUGAAAAACUUAAAACAAAUCUUUAUUUCCUGAUGAAUAGCCUUUGGACUAUAGUGUAACUUAAAUAGAAAACUAUCUUUAGAAAGAUUUUUCCUCCAAAGGCAUUUUAUUUUAAAAAUCCAAUUUAAAUUAAAAAAAAUCUGAUUUAAAUUUAAAAAUCUGUUAUUUUAAUUUUUUUUUUUUUUAAUCAGUGAUUUUUAUCCACCUUGCCUUUAAGCUGCCAGUUGGGUGCUUCCUAUUCCAGGAAGUAGGUCCUGGUUUGUCUUGUAUUUUGGUCCAGAUCAUGUACUUUGAUCUGUGAGUACAUAGGAUCUGCUUUGUAUAGGGCAGGUGGUGGCAGGGCUGGGUGAUAUUUAAAUAUAUCAUCUAAAACCGAUUUCAAGUCCACAUCACAAUAUUGGUUUCAUAUUGCAGCAUAUUGCGAAUUUUGUGUGUGUGUGUGUGUGUGUGUGUUAUGCGAAAAUCGCAAUGUGGGGGAAACCGUGAAGCCAGCCAAUGCUUCACUUGAUUCCUGCAGCCCCUGGAUUCCUGGACCAUCGGUGGGCCAGAUUGAGAAGACGAUUGGGCCGCAUCUGGCCCCCGGGCCUUAGGUUGCCUACCCCUGGUAUAGAAUAAAUAUUAUCAGCAUAUAAAAAUUAAACACAAACCCACUCUUAACAAUUACAAUAAAUAAUUUCUAAACUGCAAUCAAUAAAACAGACGGCAAGCCACAGUGCGUAAAAUAAUACAAUACAAAUUGAGAAGUAGAGACUGGAGGGUGGGGCAAGACGGCCUUGCCUGAUGAAGUCUCUCCCCUCACAGUUCUUCCUCCAGAACCAGCUUCCUUAUUGGCUCUAAAUUCAGGAUCCAAUCUCUUGCGAGGGUCAGCUGUGUCCGAGGUUCCCACUGGGCAGCAAAACUGAACCUAGCAACCUCUCAGCAGAUGGGUGGGAGACAGGCAGCAAGCCCUGCCUUGCCAUUGCAGAAUCAGGAAUGCCCAUUAAAGUACCUGGUUGCGCGCUGGCAGCCACAGGUCCCCACCUGCCCCACAGGUCGGCAGGGUCAAAUUGGAACCCAUGCCAGGUCCAGUUAGACCUAUGGGCCAAAGGUUCCCUGCCCCUGCUAUAGAUUAGCAGGUGCCCACCCUAUCGAUCAGGAGAAGGCCUCUGUAUUUUAUAAGCCUUGGGAAGCACAGUCAGAAAUGCCUGCUGCCUUUUCGGUUUGUAGCUCUUUGCUCCCUCCCUAUCUUCUGGGGGAAGAGGGACGCGGGCGGCGCUGUGGGUUAAACCACAGAGCCUAGGGCUUGCCUACCAGAAGGUCAGCGGUUCGAAUCCCCACGAUGGGGUGAGCUCCUGUUGCUCGGUCCUUGCUCCUGCCAACCUAGCAGUUCGAAAGCACGUCAAAGUGCAAGUAGAUAAAUAGGUACCACUCCAGGGGGAAGGUAAACGGCGUUUCCGUGCGCUGCUCUGGUUCGCCAGAAGCGUCUUAGUCAUGCUGGCCACAUGACCCGGAAGCUGUACACCAGCUCCCUCGGCCAAUAAAGCGAGAUGAGCGCUGCAACCCCAAAGUCGGCCAUGACUGGACCUAAUGGUCAGGAGUCCCAUUACCUUUAUCUUCUGGGGGAAGAUUCUCUAAGGAGAUUUAAGAACCCCUGAAUUAUUGUUUGACAACAUGCUGUGUGCUGACCUCUUGUCUGAAACCUCUUUUAGCCGCCAACUCCAGAAACUGACUACCCCAACCUUUCUCCCGAUGAACUUGAGCCCUAUCCUGAAGAAGAUUAUUCUCCGGUUGGCUCCUACCAGCCGCUGGACGGACUCUGCGUUCCCUCUGCAUACCAAGGCUGGCCGUCCUAUGGCAACCAGGAAGGACUGGUGUUUGAUGGUGACCAGUAUGCCUCCAACCUGGUAAGGAGGGCUCGGAAAGCCUGUGGGUCUGUGCACUGGGGUAACCAUGCUCCAUUUGCCACGCUUUGCCAUGCUGUUGUUUGUUCAGGGUUGCUGGGAGUUGUCACUCCAGGAGGGGGAACUACAGUACCCAGAAUUCUUUGAGGGGAAAGAGCGUGCGCAGAGUCACUAAGCACAGAAGAGGAGAUAAGCAUUCCCAAAUGGAAAUAAGCGUAAUCUUAUUCCACCAAAGGCUACUUUGGCCACUCAGCUGUAAAAACUCAGACCUGUUUGCCAGCUGCCUUGUAACACCCUUAAAUCUUCUGUGUUUCUGCCCCCUCUGCUACAAACUGAAGAAGGCUGGAGUUUAUUCCCCAUUUUAACCAGAAAGUGUGUCCUCUUGGCUGGCCUGUUGUUAUAGCCACUAGUUGUCAUGGGUCAUUGAAAAAAACCGCUUGAGGCCUUUGAUGCCCAGUAAGGAAAUGUCAGAUGAUCAUCACUGAAAAUUAUAGCAAGUGAUCAUGUUAUACAAAACAUUAUCGUAAGUGGUCAAUGAAACCAGCAACCCUGUGAAAAUAACAAAUACCGCCUUUUUUAAAGCUGGCAAGAUCCUGAGCCUGUUUUAAAAGCUGCUUUGGGGGCGGAAAUUCAAGGUGAAGAUUCUUCUUCUGAUUUGGGGAUUAAGCUUUGAAGAAAGUUUUUUUUAAUAAAAAAGCACAAGUCAAAAUUCAGUUUUUCCUCUGUUUUCUGUUUCUGGUAGCCCUUAUUAAAUGGUAUGGACUAGCUGAUGGCAAGGCUUUUCUUCUGUGGUAAUAUCAACACAGGGACACGGAUGGCGCUGUGGGUUAAACCACAGAGCCUAGGACUUGCCAAUCAGAAGGUCGGCGGUUCGAAUCCCCACAAUGGGGUGAGCUCCCGUUGCUCGGUCCCUGCUCCUGCCAACCUAGCAGCUCGAAAGCACGUCAAAGUGCAAGUAGAUAAAUAGGUACCGCUGUGGUGGGAAGGUAAACAGCGUUUUCGUGCGCUGCUCUGGUUCACCAGAAGAUGCUUAGUCAUGCUGGCCACAUGACCUGGAAGCUGUACGCCGGCUCCCUCGGCCAAUAAAGCGAGAUGAGCACCGCAUCCCCAGAGUCGGCCACGACUGGACCUAACGAUCAGGGGUCCCUUUACCUUUACCUUUAAUAUCAACAGAAACACAGGAAUAUUUGGGCAGGGCUUCAAGGGCGCUGUGGGCUGAUCAGCAGCUUGUAACAUGCUCCUGUUCUGUGUUGCUCCUGCUAAUAAAAGUAUAUCUUCCAGGUCACUGCAUCCGGCCACCAUCACCACAGUACCAGCAGUGGGUCCAGCCUGGACAGCAGCCCUUUUGGAAACUGGGUACCCUUCUCUGGGCCAAAGGAGGGACAGGUAAGGAAAACCCUCAAUUGUCUUGGACUGGUGGAGGAAAAUCUGAAGUGGGAAUUCAUAUCCCAUUGAGGAAGGGAUAUAUACGGGUUUCCUGAUCCUUCCUGCAUUUUGAACUACAAGGUUCAUCUGUGGAAAGAUUAGGGUGGGGGAGAGAAAUGAAUAAGAUGCUAUAGGGUGGUGAGCUGAGGACCCAAUUUCCUUCCGCUCCAUAAAGAGUCAGCUGAUAACUCUUGUGGCCACAAUUCCCACGUCUUCCAUUUCUCUUCUGUUUUCUCUUGAUUGGUAACUGGGAGACUGGGCAUCGCAUGUAAGACCACAUCUGCAAACAUACUGGUACAUUUAAAUUUAAUAUAUAGUCCUUUAAAUAUUGGAUGUGGCCUAAGGGCAUUCCCCAGGCGGCUGUUUUAUAUUCUUGCGGGGUGUGUUUCAAAUGUAUGGUGUGUACACAGAUUUUCCUCAGCAUUAGGAAUGGGAUUAGGAAUGGGAAAGGGGGUGAAUAAUGUUACGGGAUCUCCCCAACAGCUAGGACAGAUUUAAACUAUAGCCUUUUCCUCCCCUCUGCUCAGUUAAAAACGCUUGAAAAGGCUGGGAUGCUCUUUCGGACAAAGACUGCUGAUAAAGGCAAACGCCAGAGGUAAGAAUGAUUUGUUUGUGUGCAUCUCCUUCUGAUCUUGGGGUUUGGGGCAGGUUGUUAUGGGGUCAAUCAAACCCCCAGGUAUCCUGGAUCCAAGCUGUUUGAAAACCUCCUUUUUUAAAGAUGUGUUCUUAAUUGAGAAGGUGUGUUUGGUUUUGAAAAAAAGUUUUUAAUGCAAAUGUUUUUUUAAGCAACAGAAGCUUGUAGACCCAAUCUUGAAUCAGAGGCAGCCUAGUUUCUUUCACGCCAGGGAGUGACUUCUUUUGUGUAAACAGAGCUGGGAUUUCAUUGCAGGAUUGUUGUGGGAUAAACAGCGCUGCACAAAACAGCAGUGCUUUAAUUCCGUUUCCAGCUGAUUGCAGAAGGGCAGUUCCAAAAGGCCCUGGGGUGGAAAGGACUUUUGGCCGUGCAGCAAAGCCUUUCCUUAUGUUCAGCAGCUCUGGCUCACCAUCUUGUCUUCUUCCCACAUCUCUCCUUGGACUUUGCUGGUCCUCUGUCUCUCUUCCUCCUCCCCAGCCCUUCUGUCUCCUCCUUUCUGCCCUGCUUGGACUGCUUCCUUGGAACUGACCUCAGCUUGGCUUCCUGGUUCUGUCUCCAUCUCUUCCUUCGACCAAAUGCCAUGGCCUGGUUCCCUCAGUUGAGAAGUCCCACCUUCUGCCUUGCUGACUCUUCAUCAGAGGCCCUGAACUUGCGGAGAGGUGCAUGGCAUGAGACCUGGAUGUUGUAAUAAUUGCAUGUGUGAACUCUCCCUAAUGCCAAAGUUGGUGACAGAAAUGUGGAGCGAGGGGCGGGUGGAAGGGAAUCAGGAUAACUGAGGGUAGGAGAACCUUUUCCCUUGAGGCAGACAGAGUUCCUCUCCUCCGUUUCACGCUGCUCAGUUAGCACUGCUCUGUGAAUGAGGUUUCCUUCUCUUCCUUCCCUUUCUCCCCUCUUAGGAAGAAUUGGAGUUCUUCAUGGACAGUCCUGGAAGGUGGUGUCUUGACUUUUUUCAAGGACUCAAAACACUCCACGUCUAGCAGUGUGGUGAGUCCUCAGCCCUGGCUUGCUACCCCAGUUGAAAGGUAGACAGUGGAGGCUGCUCCACCAAACCUCGGCCUUUGCUCAGCUGCCUGUUGUCUUAUUAUUUGUACUCCUCCCAUCUGACUGGGUUGCCCAAGCCACUCUGGGCAGCUUUCAACUUAUACCAAACCAUAAUAAAACAUCCAGCAUUACAAACUCCCCUAUACAGGACUAUCUUCUGAUGUCUUCUAAAAGUUAGAUACCGUAUUUUUCGCUCUAUAAGACGCACCAGAUCACAAGACGCACCUAGUUUUUGGAGGAGGAAAACAAGAAAAAAAAUAUUCUGAAUCUCAGAAGCCAGAACAGCAAGAGGGAUCGCUGCGCAGUGAAAGCAGCAAUCCCUCUUGCUGUUCUGGCUUCUGGGAUAGCUGCGCAGCCUGCAUUCGCUCCAUAAGACGCACACACAUUUCCCCUUACUUUUUAGGAGGGAAAAAGUGAGUCUUAUAGAGCAAAAAAUACGGUAUUUGUUUAUUUCCCUGACAUCUGAUGGGAGGGCGUUCCACAGGGUGUGGGUGCCACUACCGAGAAGGCCCUUUGCCUGGUUCCCUGCAACCUCACUUCUCGCAGGGAGGGAACUGCCAGAAGGCCCUCAGAGCUGGACCUCAGUGUCCGGGCUGAACGAUGAGGAUGGAGACGCUCCUUCAGGUCUAGUGGGUUGAGGCCGUUUAGGGCUUUAAAGGUCAGCACCAACAGUUUGAAUUGUGCUUGGAAACGUACUGGGAGCCAAUGUCGGUCUUUCAGGACUGGUGUUAUGUGGUCUCGGCGGCCACUCCUAGUCACCAGUCUAGCUGCUACAUUUGGGAUUAGUUGCAGUUUCCGGGUCACCUUCAAAGGUAGCCCCACGUAGAGUGCAUUGCAGUAGUCCAAGUGGGAGAUAACCAGAGCAUGCACCACUCUGGCAUCAAGCCAAGUUAUGAUAUGUUAAAAUGAAUAUAAAAUUAUUGAAUGUAUAAAAUUGAAAAUCAUAGAUAAAAUACAUUAAAAUAAUAAUAAAGGCAACUUACAACAUGAAAAGAUUUAGGUAACUACACACAAGACAAAAGCAGGUCCUCCGCCGUUGAUCUGUGACCCAGUGUGAACGCCUAGCGUGGGUGUGGGUGCCACUACCGAGAAGGCCCUCUGCCUGGUUCUCUGUAGCUUCACAUCUCGCAAUGAAGGAACCGCCAGAAGGUUCUUGAAGCUGGAGCCCAGAGUCCAGCUUAACAAUGGGGGUGGAGACACUCCUUCAGAUAUACAGGGCCGAAGACGUUUAGAGCUUUAAAGGUCAACACAAACACUUUGCAUUGUGCUUGGAAACGUACUGAGAGCCAGUGAUCUUUUGGAACCCCUCCAGGCUGCUCUAGUUUGUUCUGUGGUACUUAUCCAAGCCAAUGCUUGCAUGUUAUUGUUGUCCAGAGGGACUAUAGCACAACAAAAGCAGGGCAUCUCCUCCUGCCGAAUCUUUGUGGUAUAUAAAAAGUUGCAGGGUUUCAGAAGGAAGUUACACAAUAUGCACUGGUUGGAAAUUCAGCUGUGUGACUGCCCCAAUAGCAUCAUGAGCACAAACCAUCGUAAAUGCACAAUAAAAAGGGUGUCUGGAAAACCCCAUAAUUUCUCUGCAGGGUAUAAUUUGAUGGGUAAGUGGGUGGGAUUUUUGUUUUCUCUGUAGUUGCAAGCAGUCAUAAAAUGUGGACUUCCAUGCUGCUUCUGUUUCCUACCUUCACCCUCAGAAACAUCCCUCCGUGUUGAGUAGCCCUGAGCACACUGUGGAUCUUAGUGGAGCAACACUUUCUUGGGCUGCAAAAGACAAGUCGAGCAAAAAGAACGUCUUGGAGGUAAAGGAUGGUGGUCCCCAUCUCUGCUUCUGUUUCCGUAGCAACAGAUGAUGGCAAAAUGCAUGGAGGAGGAAGCAACACAUGCCUGUUCUGCUCCUCACCAGGCAAUCUGUCUGUUACACAUGCCUGAAUGUGGCUAUUCCUGCAAAUAUCAAUUCAGCAAACUUAUCUUCACUGGAAAAAAGGGAACACACAUUUUUAAAAACAGACAGACUUUUAAGGCAGUCUUAAUGCUGAUGGUACAGAUGAGUUUUGGCCACAAAACCACAACACUCCAUCUUCCAAGCAUCUUCCUCUAUGAAGACUAGACUUAUCAAAAGUGAAUCUUGUCAUUUCCUAAAUACGGGCCACUUCUUUAAAAUGAAAGUUAUGGUUGCCAUGCAAUGUGUCUUGCGCUGCGUCGGUUACAAAAGGCAAAGAUUAGUGUCGGGAGUCCAUAUUUGUACAUGGCAACCUGGUUUCAAGUGGUGGGGAAACCUAGCCGAGUCUUUUUCCCUGUGAAAGCCUGUCUCUGGAGCUGCCAGGCAUAUGAUAAGCCUGACACUCCUCUGUAAGAUGUGUCCUGUGCGUUUCCAGUGACCCCAUUGGAACAUGAAGGAAACUAGCAGCAAAUCCUAGGCGCAGAAAGUAAAUCUCACACUAUAUAAAGCUUCAGUAACUUCAUUUCCAUGUUUGAUGGUGGCGCUGUGGGUUAAACCACAGAGCCUAGGACCUGCCGAUCAGAAGGUUGGCGGUUUGAAUCCCCGCGACGGGGUGAGCUCCCGUUGCUCAGUCCCUGCUCCUGCCAACCUAGCAGUUCAAAAGCACGUCAAAGUCAAGUAGAUAAAUAGGUACCACUCCGGUGGAAAGGUAAACGGCGUUUCCGUGCGCUGCUCUGGUUCGCCAGAAGCAGCUUAGUCAUGCUGGCCACAUGACCCGGAAGCUGUGCGCUGGCUCCGUCGGCUAAUAAAGCGAGAUGAGCGCCGCAACCCCAGAGUCGGCCAUGACUGGACCUAAUGGUCAGGGGUCCCUUUACCUUUACCUUUUGUGAUUAGCUGGAAGAGGUUCUGUAUGAGCUCAAUGCUGUCCAGCAAUGUCUUGUUUCCACAGCUAGUAUCUUCUACAGAAAGGGUGGUUAACCCAAUAGCCCAUGGCCCAUAUCCAGCACCCCCAAAUCUUGUUUUAUGGCCCCUAAGAUUCCCCUUCAUUUGUUAUUUAAAACAAUUUUUAAAAAAUAAUAAGUUAAUGCCCCACAGACCCCUCAAAUUUGCCCAUUUCUUUUAUAACAUCAUAUUUUACAUAAAAUUACCCACUGCUCCCGGAGGUCCCCUUUGUGAUGUCAAAAGGGUUUCAGUAGUCCCUUAACCCCACCCUUCUCCAAUUUGUGCAUUAUAUGGGAGAGUUGCUGGGCUAGAGGGCAGGCUUUGCGGUUUGGCUCUGAGAUCUGGCACAGUUAACCUUUUAGAAAUUUUGAAAUACUGUACAGGAACGUCCUCAAUGAGAAACCCGUGAGAAUUGUACUGAAUCUGGGGCGCAUUUUGCUGAGUUCUUGGGGUUGUGGGGAGCAUCUUCUGUCUGGAUGUCACAAUCGCAUGGUUCCUCUGUUCCAGCUGAAGACACGGGAGGGAUCCGAGUACCUGAUCCGGCAUGAUUCAGAGUGCAUCAUCAGCACAUGGCAGAAGGCAAUUGCUGACAGCAUCAGUAAACUGGUGAGAGUGGGGCUUGUCCCAUGUUUUUAUCACAGGUAGGGCUGGCCCACCCAUGUGGCAAGGUGAGGCAACUGCCUCAGGCAGAAGAAUCCACAGGGACAGCAGAUCCCGAUGUCAAUCUUUCUUCCCACCCCUCUUUUUCCUUCCUUCACCCCUUCUCUCCUGUCAAGGAGUAGGCUGCCAUUUUGCGGUCUGCCUCAGGUGACAAAAUGUCUUGGGCCAGCCACGAAUGUAAGAAACCUCAGUUGGGUUCCUGUCAGGUGUUUUAUGGCAGACAUAACUCAAGGGGUUAGCAAGGACUUCCAGGAAGAGGGAAGCAUAGAGCCUGGGGGGAGAAGUAGGCCUUAUGUUCAUCAAGGGGGAAAACAAAUGUUGUAAACCGCCCCCCCUUGCCCCCAGUUCUGUGCAUCAAGUGUAAACAAGGUUGGUCUGAAUGUGACAAAGAGGUGCGCUGCCUCAGGUAUCUGAUUGUGUGUAAUAUGAAAGGCUGUGUUGCAGUUUUUCCCCUGGAAAAAAUAAAAUCAGGAAAUUACAUGGAUUCCACACACACACACACACCCAAUGCCAUUUGGAUCUGAUUUAGUAUGUUUAUUUGACUUUUCUGUUUAGUUUAGUUUUUUAAUGGCCAUGUUAGAAUUUCAUGCUGUAUGAAAAUCUCAGAAGUUAUUCCAAUGGCCCAAUAUUUUGAAUCUUCUUUCCUAAUGAAGUUCAAAUAAUCACGUUGCAAACCUAAGCAUGCUCACUCAGAUCUCACUUAAGUUCAAGUGUGUUAAAGGUUGUGGCAUUAAUGUGGUGUUUGAGUGUUCCAUUCAAGCAACUUCAAAGCUUUACUUGGAAAUUAUUCUUAUUUUUGACACCUCAGUGGCACACAAUUCUCUUGCAUUUUAUUUUUUUAAGGCUUGAUUUACAACUUUGAAAUUGCCCACUUUCAUUAGUAUUGUAUCCAUGUGUUGUAUUGCUAAUUAAUUUUGUGAAACACAUAUUUGGAAAAUGGAAACAAAUGCAACACUGGAAAAUUUCAUUGAAUAGUCUUCAAUAAAACUACAUUUAAAGAGAGAGGACGCACACUGAAAAAUUUCCAUUGUAGAAAAUUUCCACCCCAUGUUGCUAAUUAAGGGGCAUUAAAUAAUUAGUUUAUUACGUAUUCUGUUUUCUUUUUUGCCAUUUGAUUUUCUGUCUUGAUCGGCUUCUAUGUGUUAUUAAAAAUACUGUGUAAUUUUUUUUAACUAGUUUGUGCGUUGGGGAAGGACAGCUCAGUCCGCUUCUGGUUUGUUUAUUCAUAAGUCAUUUCCUUCCUGUUUCUGCAUCACCCUGCAAUUUUAUUUUUUAAAAGCAACCUACAAAAAUUUGCAUGUUGGGUACACAUUUUAAACAUAAAAUGUGUGUCAAUAUAAUAACGAUGUUGCUAACUACGUGUUUAUCCAGUAAGGGCAAUUAGAUUGGUUCACUUAGGAAUGUGGACCUAAUGAAAUCCCUGAGCAUCCCUAGUUUGCAUAUCCUGUGUUAUUUGAAGAUCUUUAACAUUUCUUUAUUGUGUCGUUUUCACAAGAAUUCAGUCAGGAAGCUUCCGUCAAUUGGCAGCCAAUUCCUGGGAGAUAUUUUAUUCUGCUAGCCAGAAUAAUGGGAGGAAAAUGGCAUCCUUGAGAAGACCUGUACACACCCAGUUACACUUAGGAGUUGUCCACAUUUGAGCAUUGUCAAGCUGUUUGUCCACCUUCCACCCCCAUUUGAAUUAGAUCAGAGUGGUCCACACUUACACCUAUUUAAAUUUGUAUAUGAGGAGCAACUUUGGUCUUUUCCAUUCAUGCCAGUAGGUGUUCUAUUAUACCGUGGUACCUCGGGUUACAUACGCUUCAGGUUACAUAUGCUUCAGGUUACAGACUCCGCUAACCCAGAAAUAGUGCUUCAGGUUAAGAACUUUGCUUCAGGAUGAGAACAGAAAUCGUGUGGCAGCGGCGCAGCAGCAGCGGGAGGCCCCAUUAGCUAAAGUGGUGCUUCAGGUUAAGAACAGUUUCAGGUUAAGAACGGACCUCCGGAACGAAUUAAGUACAGUGGUACCUCGGGUUAAGUACUUAAUUCGUUCCGAAGGUCCGUACUUAAACUGAAACUGUUCUUAACCUGAAGCACCACUUUAGCUAAAGGGGCCUCCUGCUGCUGCCGUGCCGCCGGAGUACGAUUUCUGUUCUUAUCCUGAAGCAAAGUUCUUAACCUGAAGCACUUUUUCUGGGUUAGCGGAGUCUGUAACCUGAAGCGUAUGUAACCUGAAGUGUAUGUAAUCCAAGGUACCACUGUACUUAACCCGAGGUACCACUGUACUGCUUAAGUACCAGCAGAGGCUCUGCACAGAUAGCUGUGCAAUAUCAGGUACAUCUCCCUCAUUUUGUUCCCUCAGAUUUGAAGAAAAUGAGAAAACUGCACAAGCAAACCACAUGGAUUACAGUGGUACCUCUGGAUAAGCACACUCUGGUUGCAUAUCUUUCAGGAUGCGAACGCGGCAAACCCGGAAGUAUUUUUCCAGGUUUCGCUGCAUGCGCAAAAGUGCUAAAUCGCACCACGUGUAGAAGCGCUAAAUUGCGCCACAUACAUGCGCAGAAGUGACACCUCCGGUUGCGAAUUUCUCGGGAUCUGACCAGAGCUCCGGAACAGAUCCCAUUCACAACUGGAGGUACCACUGUACAGUGGUACCUCGGGUUACAGAUGCUUCAGGUUACAGACGCUUCAGGUUACAGACUCCGCUAACCCAGAAAUAGGGGAUGCGGGUGGCGCUGUGGGUAAAACCUCAGCGCCUAGGACUUGCCGAUCGUAUGGUCGGCGGUUCGAAUCCCCGCAGCGGGGUGAGCUCCUGUCGUUCGGUCCCAGCUCCUGCCCACCUAGCAGUUCGAAAGCACUCUUAAGUGCAAGUAGAUAAAUAGGGACCACUUUAUAGCGGGAAGGUAAACGGCGUUUCCGUGUGCUGCGCUAGUGCUGGCUCGCCAGCUGCAGCUUUGUCACACUGGCCACGUGACCCGGAAGUGUCUUCAGACGGCGCCGGCUCACGGCCUUUAGAGCGAGAUGAGCACGCAACCCCAGAGUUGGACAUGACUGGCCCAUACGGGCAGGGGUAGCUUUACCUUUACCUUUUAACCCAGAAAUAGUACCUCAGGUUAAGAACUUUGCUUCAGGAUGAGAACAGAAAUCACGUGGUGGUGGCGUGAGGCCCCAUUAGCUAAAGGGGUACCUCGGGUUAAGAACAGUUUCAGGUUAAGAACAGACCUCUGGAAUGAAUUAAGUUCUUAACCCGAGGUACCACUGUAUUUAACAUGGUUUGCUUGCAUAGACUCUAUAGGACCGCAGUGUCUUUAGUCCCCCCACCCAAAAAAAAGUCUGUUUGGACAAGACUGAGCCCCACAAAAAUAUAUAUAUAUAUUGAGGGGCCAGAUCUUGUGGCGGCAGGCCUUGUCGGGCCUUGCAGUGGCGGUGAGCCUCACAGCAGUGGCGGGCCGUGCAACAUGUGUUGAUGGGGGACCCCCAAUGUUGGGUGGAACUGGCUGCCUCUACAGUUUUCUGGUUUUGUGCAAAUGUGAGGGAUCAAAGGAGGAACUGUAUUGUUUAGGAAUGUGCAUGAAAUAGUCAGGAGCAUGGCUGGAGAAGAAAUGAAGGCAUUCAGGAAGUAGUGACUGUGGAAAGAAGAGUAGCAGAAAGUGGCGAUGGAUCCACCUGCCCCAAAACGCUGAAACAAAUGUCUGUGACCCUGAUUGGAGUGCUUUGGAGCCCAAUUUUCCCCCGGUUUACUGGAUGAUCCCCAUAUCAGGCAACCCCCAUAUUUUGCAGGGGACAAGCGUUGAGAGCGGUGUGGACAAUGCAAAUGAAAUGGGGAUUCAAGCAGCUGCAAACACACCGUAAAAUGUCGUGUUCUCUUCAGAGGUGCCGACAAAGGUGACCCUUGUAUUUCUUUCAGCCUACAGAUUUCCCUCCGGAAGACAACGAGGAGAAUUCAUUGGAUUUGAGAUCGAAGGAUCAGCUAGGAAGCAACCGAGAGAAAGAGGGUGAGAAGAAAAGCCCAGGUCAGUGUUAAUACUCAGUGCAAAUUUUUGGUUUCAAACAGAGAAAUGGAUUUUUUGAACGAAAUUUUCCUUCACAAAUAGUUCAAACAGUUUAUAUUUGUCUAUUACAGUAUUAUUAUUAUUGUUGUUGUUGUUGUUGUUGUUAAUUUACAUUGAUGUCACAUUCCCCCCCCCCAAAAAAAGCAGCUCAAGGCAUUAUACAUUAUUCUCCCCUCCCCUCCUUUUUUAUCCUUCCGACAAGUAAAAAUCCAUCCAUAUACACCCCCAGUGGUGCAGGAGCUUGUUUUUGCACGUCUGUUACAGUGGUACCUCGGGUUACAGAUGCUUCAGGUUACAGACUCCACUAACCCAGAAAUAGUACCUCGGGUUAAGAACUUUGCUUCAGGAUAAGAACAGAAAUCGUGCGGCGGCAGCGGGAGGCCCCAUUAGCUAAAGUGGUACCUCAGGUUAAGAACAGUUUAAAUUUAAGAACGGACCUCCAGAACAAAUUAAGUUCUUAACCCGAGGUACCACUGUACUUGGAAGUUUGUCUUGUGCCUGUUGGGAGGGACCUUUCAGCCUGGGGUCUCUGUCGCCACACUUUCCCUUUGCUUGCUCCUCACCUGAGCACGGUCUGGAUAUUCAUUCUAGAUAACAAAGAUCACGCACCCGCCUCAAAGAUUCUGGACAAGGCAAAUAGCACGUUGAGGGUCAUGUGUGCAGGGCCGCUGCUAGGGUGUGGUGAGGUGGGCCCCCGCCAGGGGCACAGGCGAGGGGCGUGUGCAAAAUCAGCUUAAAAAUAUGUCCAUAAAUAAAAAUAUUGAUUAUUGCCUCAUAAGCAAAGGUUUUAAAUAGAGGGUGAAUUGAAUGGGGGGGGGGUUGGAGGAGAGGCAAAAAGAAGUGCUGAUUUGUUGGUGACUAGGGAUGCAGGUGGCGCUGUGGGUUAAACCACAGAGCCGAUCAGAAGGUCGGCGGUUUGAAUCCCCGCGAUGGGGUGAGCUCCCGUUGCUCGGUCCCUGCUCCUGCCCACCUAGCAGUUUGAAAGCACAUCAAAGGGCAAGUAGAUAAAUAGGUACCGCUCUGUCGGGAUGGUAAACGGCGUUUCCGUGCGCUGCUCUGGUUCGCCAGAAGCGGCUCAGUCAUGCUGGCCACAUGAGCCGGAAGCUGUACGUCAGCUCCCUAGGCCAAUAAAGCGAGAUGAGCGCCGCAACCCCAGAGUCGGCUACGACUGGACCUAAUGGUCAGGGGUCCUUUCCUUUAGGCGGGUGCAAUCUGGAUGGUUCUGCCAGGGGCGCAAGCUCCACCUAGCUACGGCUCUGCCAUGUGUGAACAGGCCCUUGGAACUGUCUUGAAAGAGAAGCUUGCAUUUCCUCUUGUACCUCUUCUCUGAAGCAUGUGGGCAGGCUCAGCCUUCAGCAGAAAAUAAAUCUCCUCCUGUACUAAAAUGCCAAAUUCUCCCCCCUGCAGCCUCCUGGCAUUCAUCCACCUCUCUCAACUCGGACAGCGAUUCCAGCAAAGUUCGCAACAAACUCCUGAGGUUUCUGCAGAGGCGGCCAACCCUUCAGUCCCUGCGGGAACGAGGCUACAUCAAAGGUAUAUUCCUGGAAGAUCUAAGAGUCCAUUAAAAAAAAAAAAUUGGCUUUGCGACUACGCUGAUCAGCCAAGGCCAAUUUACAGAGGUUUCAGCCUUUGUAUUGCAGCUGUUCAAUUUAGGUACAUUUAGAACACAUUUGAAACACAUUGCUUCCCUCAGAGAGUCCUGGGAACUGUAGUUUGCCCUUCACAGAGCUACAGUUUCCAGCAUUCUUUGGGGGAAACCAUGUGCCAUUAAUGUAUAGCGUGUCCCUAGCCUGCGUGUAAGUUAAGAAGGCUUUCAUUUGUUUAUAGCUGUCUUGUUUUUUCCACAAGUUUCAAGGAUGGCAAUGAGAUAUAAAUAGAAAGGAUAUUUUGGAUCAUGUUUCUAACCUGAUUUCUUGCGGGGUUGUUUGCUUCUUUAAUCCAGAUCAGGUGUUUGGAUGCCCUCUGCAAGUUUUGUGCGACCGUGAGAAGAGUACUGUGCCUCAGUUUGUGAGGCAGUGCAUCUGUACUGUGGAGAAGAGAGGUACACAGUUCUAUGCCCCCAAAUAAAUUGAAAUUAUGCGCCCACUACCCCCAGUUUUGUUGCUUGCAUGCAUUGUACAACUUCAGCAAAACUUGCAAAACUUCUUCCGUUUUGUGCCAUUCAUAUUAUCUGGUUUUGCUGAGUCGUGGGAAGUCUUGAGAGUCUUCUUCUUCUUCUUCUUCUUCUUCUUCUUCUUCUUCUUCUUCUUCCUGCUAAUCCAGUGAAGGCUGCUCUGUUGAGGCCCAUGGGGCACAGCGCCACCAAUCUGCCCUCAGCCACCCCCCACCUGCCUGCCCUUCUUGCUUCCCCCUGGACUGAUAGUAACAUUACUUAUUGGCUUCCUCCACCUUGGUCUCGGUGUUGCCCUUGAGCAGGGGUCAACAAACUUACCGUGUCUCCAGUGCCGAUCGCGCGGCAGGCUGGAGGGCAGGGGAGCGCGUGUCCAUACGUGUGCGCACACGCUAUUUCCGGCGCACUUCCGGGUCGGAAGAGCACUGGAAAUAGCUUGUGCGCAUGUGCACGGGCCUCCUCCGACCGGAUGUGCACCGCAACUAACGCUUGUGCAUGUGCAAAUAAUGCUUGCGCAUGCACACAAGCUAUUUCUGGUGCUCCUCCGACCCGGAAGUGGGCAGCCGCGCAGCGCAGCGCCGGUAAGAGCGGGCAGCAGGCAGCGGGAUUCGCCGCGGGCCAUAUAAACGUGUCCCUCGGGCCUUAUCCAUCCCACGGGCCUUAGUUUGGGGACCCCUGCCCUUGAAGAACUCAGGAGAGAUUUAGAUGGCCCACAGGACUUUAACAGAGUUCACUCUCCAUAUCAUUGCCUGCAGCUCCACCUACUGUUUGUGCUCCCUUCCAUUCACCCCACCAGUCCGAAAAGGGCACAAGCCCCCACUAACCUAAUCCUUGUGGCAGUCAAGAUAAGUGUCGAAACAUGUGGGCCCGGUGACAUCUUGGAAAGGAGCUGAGCAGCAGGAUUUCCAGAGGUGCUUAACUCCUUGACGCUUCCCACUGAAGCAAAAUAUAUUGUGCAAAGGAAGAGAGAUGCAUGCAAAUACCCGUAAUUUGCAUGAUACCUUCUCAGGCUCAGACUUAUUGUUCGUGGCAAUACUUUUGCUCUCGUGGGCCUUUAGUAUAAGAGCCAUAAUUUCUCCUCCCGCAGGUUUGGAUAUCGAUGGACUCUACCGGAUAAGUGGGAAUCUGGCGACGAUACAGAAACUGCGCUACAAAGUGGACCAUGGUAAGGGACUCCAUAGAUUCAGCUUGGCAGAGGACAAAGCUUAGCAGUACAAUGUUCCCCUUGUGUGCAGAAGGUGCUAAGUUCAAUCUCUAGCAUUGUGUGUGUAGAGAGAGAGAGAGAACGCUCUAGAAAGGGUAUUGGUUGAAUAUUUAUGUGGAUUAUUAGUAUUGUUAUUCUAAACCACUGAGCCACUUGGGCUUGCCAAUUAGAAGGUUGGUGGUUCGAAUCCCUACAAUGAGUUAAGCUCCCAUUGCUCUCUUCCAGCUCCUGCCAACCUAGCAGUUUGAAAGCACACCAGUGCAAGUAGAUCAAUAGGUACCACUGUGGUGGGAAGGCAAACGGCGUUUCUGUGCACUCUGGUUUCCAUCACAGUGUCCCGUUGCACCAGAAGCAGUUUAGUCAUGCUGGCCACAUAACCCAGAAAGCUGUCUGUGGACAAACGCCAGCUCCCUCGGCCUGAAAGCGAGAUGAGCGCCGCAACCCCAUAGUCUCCUUUGACUGGACUUAACCGUCUAGGGGUCCUUUACCUUUACCUUUUACCUUAUUAAUUACAUUUGUAUACCACUCUACAUGCAAAGAUCUGAGGGCGGUUCACAGCAUAAAAGCACAAAAUUCAUAAUAAAAGCAAGAUCCCCACACACAAUUGUACUGUGAUAGAAAAAAAUGAACGAGUAACUGUUGUUGUUGUUGUUGUCGUCCUUUUAUCCUAAGGCCCCAGGGUUUAAAACAGCUUAUGACAAUUUACAAUACCCGAAAUAAGGCGGGUCCUAAAAUAUAUACAUCUUAGUUGUCAAAAGCUCUGCAAUUCUAUGAUUCUAUGAUAAAAUCAUAGAGUUGUUUCUAGACCUGCUGCUCUCCCACGUUCACAGCCAAUCAGAGUUGCCCAAGUGGUGGGACUGAAGCUGGACUCCUUCCACAGCCGCUCUGUGUUGUGACCGAAGGGGAUCCUCAUUCAUCCUCGUAUUUUAGAUUGGUGCAGGAGUGGCCCUUGCUGUGCCUCGGUCAGGCCCAAACAUUCUGGACAAGAGUAAUAUUGGCUCCUUAUUCAGCAGCCCUAGGAUACUUGCUUAACCUGUUUCCCUGCCGUCGCUUUUGCAGAUGAGCGCCUGGAUCUCGACGACGGCCGUUGGGACGAUGUCCACGUCAUCACGGGGGCCCUCAAGCUUUUCUUCCGCGAGUUGCCGGAGCCGCUCUUCCCCUUCAGUCAUUUUGACAGAUUCAUUGCAGCCAUCAGUAAGAGACGUUGCUUUGGGAAGGGGGAAGCUGAGUGCAAGCAUCAGAGCAUCUUUUGGUCCUUGCAAUAUUACUUAAAGGUGCAUCUGUGAGAGCGGUUCUCUGUUUAGUCAGUGCUUUCGAAAAGACAAGCGCAGGAAAAGAACUCAGCUGCUUCUUUUUAGAGGCCUGCUUCUCUUGAGGCCUUCGAGCCGCAGGGGGAGUCUCUAUUUCAGAGCUAAACAGGACGAUACCUUGGCUAAGAAUCUGUGCCUUAAGCACAGGUUGGCUUUUGCACAAAUUUGUCAGUGCAGGAGGGCCAGAUCCAGAUCAGGACCCUAGUGUGCAGAGUAGGCACCUUAAUCCUCCCCUCCCCCUCUGCUAUGGUCCCAGUCCAGUUUGGGGAGGCUGUGACUGCAAUUUGCAUAAGGGAAACAAGUUUUUAUGAGAGUACGUUUUUCAUUGAAAUUUUUAAUUGGGAGGGCUGGCCUGGAUUUGGGAUCACAACGCGCAAUAAAGGGUUAAAGCCUGCCCUCCAUGAUAGAGUCUCAGGAUUCCACACAAACACACUCCAGAAAUUUGUGAAUUAAAAACAACAACCCUGUAUUAAAGAGCAUAGUAAUACAUCAUGUAGCUUGGACCUCAGAAAGCCCUGUUUGGGAUGAGAUCACUAUCAGCUAGCCUCCUCUGCCUCAAUUCCUGCCCACAAAACAUAGCAUCCUCCUGAGCCAAUAAUAAUAAUAAUAAUAAUAAUAAUAAUAAUAAUUGUAUUACUUAUACCCUGCCCAUCUGGCCAGGCCUCCCCAGCCACUCUGAGAAGCUCCCAACAGAAUAUAGUGUACCUCAAGUUAAGUACUUAAUUCGUUCCGGAGGUCCGUUCUUAACCUGAAACUGUUCUUAACAUGAAGCACCACUUUAGCUAAUGGUGCCUCCCGCUGCUGCCGCGCCGCCGGAGCACAAUUUCUGUUCUCAUCCUGAAGCAAAGUUCUUAACCUGAGGCACUAUUUCUGGGUUAGCGGAGUCUGUAACCUGAAGCGUAUGUAACCUGAGGUACCACUGUACAGUAUUAAAAAUACAAUAAAACAUCAAACAUUAAAAACUUCCCUAAACGGCUGCCUUCAGAUGUCUUCUAAAAGUCAGAUAGUUGUUUAUUUCCUUCACAUCUGAUGGGAGGGCGUUCCACAGGGAGAGUGCCACCACCGAGAAGGCCCUCUGCCUGGUUCCCUGUAGCUUCACUUCUCGCAGGGAGGGAACUGCCAGAACGACCUCAGAGCUGGACCUCAGUGUCCGGGCUGAACGAUGGGGGUGGAGACGCUCCUUCAGGUAUACCGAGCCGAGGCCUUUAAAGGCUUUAAAGGUCAGCACCAACACUUUGAAUUGUGCUCGGAAAUGUACUGGGAGCCAAUGUAGGUCUUUCAAGACCGGUGUUAUAUGGUCUUGGCGGCCGCUCCCACUCACCAGUCUAGCUGCCGCAUUCUGGAUUAGUUGUAGUUUCUGGGUCACCUUCAAAGGUAGCCCCACAUAGAGCGCAUUGCAGUAAUCCAAGCAGGAGAUAACAUGACUUUUGUAGAAACAGAAGAGCUGGUCCGUCUGACACACAGCUAGGUGUUGUGAUAAAUGCCGGCUGCUGAAAAACAGCAGCCAUGUGUGCUUUGUCAUCAAAUCAAAUAUCUUUAAUACGGUCAAUGACCAGCAAGCAAUUUAUAAAAUAAAAUAUGGCAAUAUAAGUACUAUUGUACUACAGAUAACAGUGGAGAUAUGGCCAAAUCACAAAAUUGGUACUUAUGUUUGUGACCAAGUUUCAACUUUUAAGGUUUUAAGGAUUCAAUUCAAAUGUCACUACUGUUUAUCAUUGCUCGUCUUAUUCUUGUUGCAAUGUAACAGUACUUCGCCACAGGCCUGUUGAUUUCGGGGUCUUUGUCAGCUAAGAGGUGUCUGAUAUAGAUGUCGUCUGUACUACGAGGUACUUUCCUCAGAAUCGGCUCGAUCAGCUCUUUUCUUGAGUCUCGAUAUAAUGGGCAAUAUAAGAUGACAUGCCCGAUGGUUUCAAUUUCGUUGCUGUUACAGGGACAUAAUCUUUGUUCGAUCGGUAUUUUGUUGUAUCUUCCCUCUAGAAGAGCUGAAGGGAGAGCAUUAAAGCGGGCCCUGGUAAAUGCCCAUCGGUGUUUAGCAUUAUGUAGAACUUUGAGAUAGUUUGCUAAAUGGGGGCUUUGGGAAUCGAAUAGGAGUUUAUGAGUUAUCGGAAGUUGACUAAAGUCAUUUUGGGCUUCAAUGUCCCUGAGUCUUUCUUUAAUUAUAUUCUUGGCCCUUCCCCGUUCCUCACCUCUCUUCCCAACAUCUAGUGAGGGAGAUGUCUGACGUGGUAUCGUACACACAGACUUGCCCUGCUCCGUAUUUUGACUGCUGCAGCGCGGCGAAGAAAUGCUUAGCACGAUGGUAUGUCAUGUCAGGCAUUUCCCAUACUAGACACUACAGUGAAAGGAGAGGAGCUAGUAGAUGCACUGCUGGUUUUUGCCCACUUCCAGCCGCAAGUUGCAAUAUCAAGAUUGAGCCCUGAGAUGCACACUUCCAAUGUCUCCAAAGGCAGUGGCCCCAAGUAUUGGGUGGCAGGGAAGUUGGAGGGAGGACUAUAGCAGAAGUGCAGGCUUCUACAUUUAUUUGUACAGUGGUACCUCGGGUUAAGUACUUAAUUCGUUCCGGGGGUCCGUUCUUAACCUGAAACUGUUCUUAAGCUGAAGCACCACUUUAGCUAAUGGGGCCUCCUGCUGCUGCUGCGCCGCCAGAGCACGAUUUCUGUUCUCAUCCUGAAGCAAAGUUCUUAACCCGAGGUACUAUUUCUGGGUUAGUGGAGUUUGUAACCUGAAGCGUAUGUAACCUGAAGCGUAUGUAACCCGAGGUACCCCACUGUACAGUAUUAAAAAUACAAUAAAACAUCAAACAUUAAAAAUUUCCUUAAACACGGCUGCCUUCAGAUGUCUUCUAAAAGUCAGAUAGUUGUUUAUUUCCUUGACAUCUGAUGGGAGGGUGUUCCACAGGGCGAGUGCCACCACUGAGAAGGCCCUCUGCCUGGUUCCCUGUAGCUUCACUUCUCUCAGGAAGUGAAGUAUGUACCUAGAGGUAUCACUGUAUCUCUAUAGGGGGCGGGGAUGCACUGAAUGAAAUCUCUUCCUCUGUUUGGCAUUGCAGAAAUUACAGAGCCCUCGAAGCGCAGCUACCGCUUACGGGAGCUGGUGAAUUCUCUACCUCCUGCUAACCACAAUACCAUGAGGGUACUUUUCCAGCAUCUCUGCAGGUGAGCAGCUGCAUCUCCCGAUUCUCUGGGCUGGCGUAAGGGUGUUGAGUGCGAAUUCUGAAGCCCAGCCCUUCGAGUCCCUGUGUUGAGGUUAUCCUCCCAUUCCACAAUCCUCCCAUUCAAUCUUUGUCUUGCUGUCGCCCAGCCUUUUGCAUCUCCUCUCCACACCUGUCGCCAGCAUGCUGACUCUCCUGUCCCUAGGCUCCUGUCUGUAAACAGGACUCUAACCCUGUCCACACCCCCAGACAACCCAAACUUAUUUAUUAUAUUUUUUACUCCACCUUUCAGACGUUUUCCCUGGGUUGUUUAUAGAGGAAUUUUCUUUUAGCUGCACUGCUUUGAAUUGAUGGUCAACGUUCUGUGGGUGAUUCUUUCGUUUUUUUCACUGUUGGAAAGCAUUAGUAUUUGACGAUAUCGUAUGGUGGGUGGAAGAGGGAUUUGCACAUGGUAGCAAGUGUCUUUUAACCCGUGUUGGAAGACACUUGGACCACGUCCGCACUAGACAUUUAAAGCUCCCUUAUACCACAUGGGACGCGUGUGGUGCUGUGGGUUAAACCACAGAGCCUAGGACUUGCCGAUCAGAAGGUUGGCGGUUUGAAUCCCCACGAUGGGGCGAGCUCCCGUUGCUCGGUCCCUGCUCCUGCCAACCUAGCAGUUCAAAAGCACGUUAAAGUACAAGUAGAUAAAUAGGUACCGCUCCAGCGGGAAGGUAAAUGGCGUUUCCGUGCGCUGCUCUGGUUCGCCAGAAGCAGCUUGGUCAUGCUGGCCACAUGACCCGGAAGCUGUACGCCGGCUCCCUCGGCCAAUAAAGCGAGAUGAGUGCCGCAACCCCAGAGUCGGUCAUGACUGGACCUAAUGGUCAGGGGUCCCUUUACCUUUACCUUUACUAUACCACUUUAAACCGCCCAAAUAAUCCUGGGAACUGUUGUUUGUUCAGGGUGCUGAGAGGAGAACCUCCAAUUCUCCGCAUAGAGCUACAAUUCCCAAAGUUCCCAAGAAAGAGGGAUUAUUUGCUAAAUCACCCCUGGAGGGACCAGGGGUCUCCUAGUGACUCUCGGAACCCGUAACAAAAUACAGUUCCCAGGAUUCUUUGGGCGAAUCCAUGACUUUUUAAAGCGCUGUGAUACUGCUUUAUGUGUGCAGCACAGAUGAAGGUGAACUACAGUAAGAUGCCACCACCUAGCGAGGAUGCCCAGAUGAGAUACAUCUCUAGCUGCUGCAUCUCAGUGUCUCUCUUCCCCUUUCACGAAAUCCUUCCUCUCUUCCCCGCAGGGUUAUAGAGUUCCGGGAGGAGAACCGCAUGUCUCUUCAGAGCGUCGCGAUCGUCUUUGGGCCAACGUUGCUGAAGCCAGAGGCCGAAGAAGGGAACAUGACUAUGUACAUGGUUUUCCAGAACCAGAUUGUGGAGCAAAUCCUUAGCCAAUACAGCUACAUCUUCCCCGAGAGCUAGACCUUCCCAGCAGAGCAAGGAGCCUGGUUGAAUGAAGGAGCAGCUGCAAUGCAAAGGGGCAGGUCCCAUCGCUGUGGGGACGACGGUGUUGCUGGGCAGUGCCAAGACUAGAGACAGUGAAGAUAUGGGAGGGAGGGAGAGAAACGACUAGCAAUAAAACUGUCAAUGUAGGAUUCAGAAUGUCCACGGUUGCCUCUCUUGAACGUUGCGGGUCAGGGAUGUGAAACCCUGCUGGACGCGAAAGGAGCUCAUUGUUUGGGUUAGUGAUCUUCAACUCCCACCCGGAAUAUCUUUCGCUGAAGGAUGUAGUGUGGACAAAAUUUGGGGGAGAAUGGGAGGGAGGCUUCUGUGGCCAAGUGCACACCAUAGUGUUUUCAAGCAUCCUGGCUUCUUGUUAAGGAAUUACAGGGAUUGUCUUGCUACAACUGUCCUGUGAAUCUUCAGCUCUUUUGAGCAAACUUUUGUUUAAAAAAGCACGUCCGGAUAGUGGGUUUGAAUAGAGCCAGAAAUCCAUUCCAAGGGCAUCAAUCACCCAAACGCUAGACCAUGUGGCACACACCACCUGUCUCUGCCCAUGCGCAACACGGAAAAUUGCAAGAUGCCAUCUCGUGAUGCAGGUCACAAGCGUUUAUGGGAAUAAUGGCGGGUUCAGCAUUGUAGGGUUAACAGCAGUGCAUCUUCUGCUCAUUCCGGUGCAUGAGUGUGAUUUUAGCCAAGCGUGAGGGUAACGCUCCUCCUGAGAUUUGCAAGUUUGUGUUCAGUUUUCCUCCCCAAGAUGGAAGAGUUGAUUGCACUUGACAGCCAAGACCAAUUUAUUGAGAUUGCCCUGUUUGUGGUAUGCAACUUUGUCCACCUGCAGUGUGCUUCCUAUACAUGUUCUACCUCUGCAAAAAAAUUGAUCCCUGGGAGCAUCUACCACUGAUUGAAGCUUAUUUCCACAUGAUUGCAGGUGUGUGUGCUUGUGUUUCUUUGUGUCAUAGAACAAGGCACAUGCAGGGCACACACAACUUUCGACGUUGCACGAGAAGCGAUAUCUGUAUGAGAGUUUUCAUUGGCAAACUUUCUGGUUCGGUCAAGAGGAUUCAGUUUGCAUGUCUAGUGCCAAUAUUGACAGUGAAGAGCUUGUGCUUUUAGCACCAACGGUGAUUGAGAAGGCUAGUUUCUGCCAUUUGGGAAAAGUUCCGUGGCUUAGAUUUGUGAACUUCCUGCUCCAAUGUUGCGCCACUCAUCUGUCACACUGCUCAACAGCACAAAUAAGUGGCCGAGUCUCACACUGGUAACAGUGUGGUCUAAUUCUUCCCCAUUUCCAGUGAAAAGCGCCAUGUGCUGGAAGGCUUGCUGCCUUUUUCAUCCUGCCCUCCUGGUUUGGCCACUGCUGCUGGUACAUGAAUAAUUCAAACGUCUGAGUGCACAUAGAAGCCCAGCCAGGGGCCCAGGGGCUCUGAGCCAUGAGUGUUUAAGGUUGCCUUGUCUUGGGAAAAUACUGGAUUUCAUGGCCUGCCAUUCUACCAGGAAGUACUUCGCAUGGGAAGAAGAGAUGCUGUUAAAACUGUGAUACAUCAGUGGCUGGCACAGCCAGAACCAGUCUACAAUCUACUGAAGGAUUGGGAGUGGCUGGGGGGCAGGGGGAGUAUCUUGUUUUUUUGCUAAAUCAAGCAUUUGGGAAUUCAUAGGGGGCCCUCCAGUUGCUGCUUGUAUUGCAUUCAACAAAAGACAGAGCACACUCAUUGAAAGCAAUGAAAGCUCAUGUCCAUUAACUUAAGGGGGUCUACUUUGAGUAGGGCUAGUAGGACCGCCCUACAGCUGCCAUCUUCCUCAACCAUUUGCCUGGGGCUGAUGGGAGUGGCCACAGGUUGUCUGGCUUAGAGGAACACUGUUCCAAAAUGACACCUAACCAUGACUUUGGUUACACCGGAUUUUGCCAACUUGGUGCCCUUCAGAUGUUCUAAUAAUAAUAAUAAUAAUUUUUUAUUUAUACCCCAUCCUCCCCAGCCAAGACUAGGCUCAGGGCGGCUAACAACCAAUAAUAAAAACAAGUUGAUUAAAAUACAAUUUAAAAAACAUGAAAAUACAACAUUAAAACAUUAGGAUGCAGCCUCUUCACAGGAGGAGAAAGGAAAAAGAAAGAGGGGGAGGGAAUCAAACUGAUUCUAAGCCAAAGGCCAGGUGGAACAACUCUGUCUUACAGGCCCUGCGGAAAGAAAUCAGAUCUCGCAGGGCCCUGGUCUCGUGAGACAGAGCGUUCCACCAGGCCGGAGCCAGUGUUGAGAAGGCCCUGGCUCUGGUUGAGGCUAAUCGAACUUCCUUAGGGCCUGGGACCUCUAGGGUGUUGCUAUAUAUGAACCUUAAGGUCCUCCGUGGGGCAUACCGGGAGAGGUUUUGAACUGAAACUCCCAUCAGCAGCUGGGACUGGAGGGAAUUAUAAUCCAAAACAUCUGGAGGGCACCAGCUUGGGGAAGGCUGGUAUACAGGAAUUUACCAUGUGGUCUCUCCAGCAUAGGCUAGAUCUCCACCUGCGUAGGUUCCAGGACCAUGUGGCUUUGGCUGGAGGCAUUGAAUGUGCAAUGGGCACAUCUAAGUCCCUCGCACAAAGCCAUAAGCGGAUGUAGAAAAGUGACUUACCAACCUACCUCGAGGGGGGAUGGGGGGGAAUUGUAUUUAUGAUUUUGAUGAACAAUGAAGGAGGAAUGUUCAUCCUGCUUUUUCACUUGGCUAAGGACAGGAUCUUUUCUGUGUCUUCCCUCCCAAUCUCACAUGAUGUAAACCUGUCCGCUUUUCCUGCACUGUCUGGCUUGGUGUCUGACCUUCAAGACACAAAACCUGCAUCCCAGCAACCUUUUACAGUCCACCGUAAGUGAUAAAUGAGUAUUGCUAUUAAGAAAGUGCCCUUUCCCUAUGCACCUCCCAUGCAGAAGCAGCUAUGUAUUUCCAAUAAUAAUAAUAAUUUAUCAUUGGAGGGGAGGGGAGGGAUGAAUUCCUCUCCUCCUUUUUUUAGCCAUGUCUUGUUAUUUACUGUUUUGUGUCCACAGAGCUCUGGGCUACCAGAGGAGUUGUGUGGUUAUAAAUCCUUGGGAGAGGGAAUAAUCACAAAUUAGAAUGUAACAUGCCUCUGAUAAACGUUGGCCAAACAAGUUAAAUAUACUUCUUUAUCCCAAAGCAUUUCCUGUUCCUGAAAAAGAUUUGACAGGAGAGUCAAAGCAUUGUUCGCAGGCACAACAAAAAUGAGAUACUCGAAUCUUUUUGUUCAGGAAUUGGACAGUUAGGACAUCUCCGUUGUGGCAUGGGUUUUGAGGAAGCACAAAAUGAUUCAAUCCCUACCACUUGCCUUCUACAUUAAACAGGUUUUGAUUUUUAAAUUGCUGGUCAUUUUAGGAACCAUCUUAGACAACGGUGGUUGGACCUGAAGGAUUUUUUUGUUUUGUUUUUUUGCUGGAAGACAAUUUGUGACAAUUGAUUUUAAAAUAAACAAUAACCUUUCAAUGAACAAAGUGUAUGUGUUUAUUUGGGAUCGUGUGAUGUAUUGUUUCCCGCCCCCCCCAAGUACCGGCACCUUUUUUUCUAGAGGAAAAGCACAGGUGUUAUGUUGAGUAUUUAGGAUGGAAGUUACGACAUCAUUUUGAGAAAUGAAGCAUUCUGUGCAUUUGCCUUUGGAUUUGCUUUUUUGCAUUAUAGGAUUGUUAUGUACUGAGUUGAAUAGGAUCCAAAAGGCAGCAGUCUGAUUGGUCCUAGAACAAUAGGAUUCAGAAUGCAGCAGUCUGAUUGGUCCUAGAACAAUAGGAUUCAGAAUGCAGCAGUCUGAUUGGUCCUAGAACAAUGGGAUUCAGAAUGCAGCAGUCUGAUUGGUCCUAGAACAAUAGGAUUCAGAAUGCAGCAGUCUGAUUGGUCCGCAGGAGCCACCCAAUCCAACUCCAGGUGGAAGCGAAUCCGCAACCUGAUUGGCCUUCAGGAGAAUCCCAGAAUUAGCCAGUCACGUGGGGCCCAUUGUGUAAAUAACGUCUAUAAAGCAGACAUUUCGGGGGAACUUCCAUUCUCACUAAUAUGAGCUGAGUAAAGAGCAUGAAAUCCACACUCGACUCUGAGUAUAUUUCAAGGAUCUUCCUUGUGGCUGAGGCUACAGUCCAGUUAGGGAUUCAGUUCUCUUCACUCAUUUCCUAAUGUGGAAUUUGCCGUUCCCAGUUGCUACACAUGGAGUCUACCUCAACGUGCAUCGCCUUCACGCAGACCUUGAGCUGCAUUUUGCCAUUUAAAUGCCCCAUCUCUCAUUCUGCGUGCAUCCUGUUAGGAGUUGCAACUGUUCCCGCUGGGAUGAGGGUCUCCUCCAGCUGUUAGCUGGCUAGCAGACAGGGCCGUCUUUAGCAGAUGCGGCGCCGGGGUGCAAAUAUCCGCCCAGCACCCCCAAAUUACCAUGCAUAGUUGGGGGGCGGUGAAGCUGCGCACUGCCUGACAUGGAGGGGCAACUCUCCCCCAUGCCGAUGCAGGAGCGCAAUCCCCACAGAGACUUGGGAGGGAAGCUGCGCCCUGCCAGUCAUAUGGUUGGCGGGGCACAGCUGGCGUGCGUGCAGGGAAAGGGGAGGCCACCAGCCAAGCCGCGCAGCUCCCCCACUCGCUGGGGCACCCCUGAGAGGCUGGCGCCCAGGCGCAAUGCACAACUAACCCCUAUGGGAAAGAUGGCUCUGCUUGCAGGCCAAAGUGACGUGAAUGAAUGAAUGGAUGAAUUUAUUAUUUCAGUCACAGACCUGUUCCUGCUCAUACAAAAAUCAUGGAAGUCAGAAAUUGGGAUUUGGAACUACCGUAUUUUUUGCUCUAUAGGACGCACCGGGCCAUAGGACGCACCUUGUUUUAGAGGGGGAGAACAAGGGGGGGGGAAAUCUCCCCCUCUCUGCUCAGCGCCCCUUCAGCGAAGCGGCAGGAGAAACGGAGCCCCUUCCAUUUCUCCUCCCGCUUGGCUGAAGGGGCGCUGCGCAGCUCUCCCUCUCUGCUGAAGCCGGGAGAGUCUUGCUCUCCUGGCUUCAGCAAAAGGAACCUGAAGCCUCCGGAACGCAGCGGGAACUCACGCUGCGCUCCGAAGGCUUCAGGCGGCUAUCCCUGAAGCCUGGAGAGCGAGAGGGGUCGGUGCUCACCGAUACCUCUCGCUCUCUAGGCUUCAGCGAAAGCAACGCGUAGCCUCCGGAGCGUGGAGGGAGCGCUCCUUCUGUGCUUUGGAGGCUUCACGUUGCUAUCGCUGAAGCCAAGGAACCUGCAUUCGCUCCAUAGGACGCACAGAUAUUUCCCCUUAAUUUUUGGAGGGGGAAAAGUGUGUCCUAUAGAGCGAAAAAUACGGUACAUUGCCAUGUGAGCGAGAUGAAUAAACACCCAGCAAUAAAAGACAAUGGGUGAGGGUUUACCCCAGCAAUAUAUUUGUCAAAAUUACAAAUACCCAAAUACAGAUGGUCGUUCACCCUGGCUAGAUUCAACGUGCUGCCAUCUGCCUUAUUGCAGGGCAGAUUCGAGGGUAAACCAUACACGGAAAGAGUCUGUCCCUGUGGCUUGAUGGAGGUAGAAACUGUCUCUCAUGCCUUGUUACGACGACGUUUCUACGGGGACAUACGCUCAGCAUUUAUCUCCCCUGCUAUGCAAAAAUCUUCAAAUGGGUCCAAACUCCAAGGUUUAAAAUCUCUGGUAGAGGACAAAGAUCCAGAGAUCACAUUAAAGGUGGCCAAAUUCUGUGUGAUCGCCAUAAAAUAUGGGAACAAGCUGUGAUAUCAUGAUUAAGGUUUUAAAAGACAACUUCAGGUUAUAUUUUAGUGUAUUAAGAUCUAAUUUAUAUAUUUUAAUUGCUGCUGUCUCAAAGCAAAUCUAAAAAAAUGUAGUGUAAAAACUGACAACUGGGAAACACUGGCCUGCGAACGCUCCAAUUGGAGAACAGCCCUUACCAAAUGUGUCACAAACUUUGAAGACGCUCAAACUCAGGACACAAGGGAGAAACAUGCUAAGCGGAAGGCACGCUUGGCAAAUCCACACCGUGAUCAACUCCCGCCUGGAAACCAAUGUCCCCACUGUGGAAGGACGUGUGGAUCCAGAAUUGGCCUCCACAGGCACUUACGGACUCGUUAAAACCGUGUUUAUGGAAAACAAUCUUACUCGGCUACGAGUGAUCGCCAAAGAAAGAAGAAUGUACAGUGGUACCUCGGGUUAAGAACUUAAUUUGUUAUGGAGGUCCGUUCUUAACCUGAAGCACCACUUUAGCUAAUGGGGCCUCCUGCUGCCGCCGUGCCGCCAGAGCACGAUUUCUGUUCUCAUCCUGAAGCAAAGUUCGUAACCCGAGGUACUAUUUCUGGGUUAGGGGAGUCUGUAACCUGAAGUGUCUGUAACCUGAAGCGUCUGUAACCCGAGGUACCACUGUACUGUCCCUGUUAUACCAAAUUGCAAAUUUAAAUGUAUCCCUAUUGUGUUUCAAAAAAAGGGAGAAAGUGAUGUGGUUUUGUCCAUGACAAUAUUAAAAACAUGAUAAAACAUCAACCAUUAAACACUUCCCUAAACAGGGCUGCCUUCAGAUGUCUUCUGAAAAUCAGAUACAGUAGUUGUUUAUUUCCUUGACAUCUGAUGGGAGGGCAUUCCACAGGGCGGGCAUCACUACCAAGAAGGCCCUCUGCCUGGUUCCCUGCAACCUCACUUCUUCCAAUGAGGGAACCACCAGAAGGCCCUCGGAGAUGGACCUCAGUGUCCGGGCUGAGCGAUGGGAGUGGAGACGCUCCUUCAGGUAUACUGGACCGAGGCCAUUUAGGGCUUUCAAGGUCAUCACAACACUUUGAAUUGUGCUCGGAAACGUACUGGGAGCCAAUGUAGGUCUUUCAGGACCAGUGUUAUAUGGUCUUGGCGGCUGCCCCCAGUCACCAGUCUAGCUGCCACAUUCUGGAUUAGUUGCAGUUUCUGGGUCACCUUCAAAGGUAGCCCCACGUAGAGCGCGUUGCAGCAGGCCCGAGGGAGAUAACCAGAGCAUGCACCACUCUGGCAUCAAGUCAAGUUGUGAUAUGUUAAAAUGAAUAUAAAAUUAUUGAAAUGUAUAAAAUUGAAAAUCAUAAAUAAAAUACAUUAAAGUACAGUGGUACCUCGGGUUAAGAACUUAAUUUGUUAUGGAGGUCCAUUCUUAACCUGAAACUGUUCUUAACCUGAGGUACCACUUUAGCUAAUGGGGUCUCCCGCUGCCGCCGUGCGAUUUCUGUUCUCAUCCUGAAGCAAGGUUCUUAACCCGAGGUACUAUUUCUGAGUUAGCGGAGUCUGUAACCUGAAGCGUCUGUAACCCGAGGGACCACUGUACUGCCCCUGUUAUACCGAAUUGCAAAUUUAAAUGUAUCCCUAUUGUGUUUCAAAAAGAGAAAGAAAGCGAUGUGGUUUUGUCCAUGACAACUACAUUCGGGCACUUUCUGCCACAGGGAAGGGUGAGCUCAGCAUCCCUGCUGAGCUUGCCCCCACCCCCAAAUCCCACCUCCAUCCCCUUAGCUUGGCCAGCCCACUUUCUAAUCUCUCCUCUGUCCAUUUGGCAUCUGUUCAGUAUUAUCCUGCUAAGGAAUGCAAGCAGGAGGACCUAGUUCACCAGGAGUCAAAGAGAGGGUUGGUGCGGCCGGGACCAGAGGCCCGUCUUCGCUUGGUGGACUUUUGGCAAGGGGGACCCUUUACCCGAGUCUUCCCGCAGGUAAAUGGAAAGAGAAUAAAUGUUUCUGCACAGUCGCUUGCUGGUUUAAGGCGUGUUUGGUUCACUGGGUGAGUGGGGGGCAGUUCUCCCAUGUUCUAUAGGGUGCAAUUAGUAUUUUCCCCUGUUGCGUUUUGUUGUUGUUGAGGUCUUGCUUCAAAAGUGGUGGCUGUUUUUACUGCGGGGGAAGAGAAACAGCCAGAGUUUAGUGAUUAAUCCUCUUUCAAAGAACAGCAGCAAGAAAGAAAACCAGACAUUCCACAGGCAGUUCUGAAGGGGCCACUGUUUGCUGCGAAUAACUUUUUUUUUUUGCUAAGACAAAAUUCCUGAGUGAGGAGGAGGAAAAGGUAACAGCAGCAACAGCAGCUGUGGAUCUCUCUGCUCCUUUCCUUCCUUCCUUCCUUCCUUCCUUCCUUCCUUCCUUUCAUCUCUUCCCUCCUUAAACUCUUUGGAAAAGGUGGUAGUUAAAAAUAGUUCAUCAUAAUAAAAUUAUUGCAAAUUCAGGGAGAUAAGUAGCUAGACAACCUUUCGACAACAUCUGAAGGCAGCCCUGUAUAGGGAAGUUAUUCAAUGUUGAAUGUUUUAUUGUGUUUUUUAUGUGCGUUGGAAGCCGCCCAGAGUGGCUGGGGCAACCCAGUCAGAUGGGCGGGGUAUAAAUAAUAAAAUUAUUAGCAUGAUUAUUAUUAUCUGAACUACCCUGGAUUUCUUGUGGGUGGAACUGCAUCCACAAACAAAGAUAAGCAAAAGGGCCAUUUUGAAAGCAAAGAGAAAGAGGGAAGAGAAAAAGAUUUAUCCGUCACAAGCUGCACAGGCAGAGAACCUCCCCUUUUUACAUGUUGGGAAAUAAAGUAAAUUUCUAGCUCUUCAACACCACAGAGACAGACGACGUGGAGGUGCUUAGAAUUUCCAGUGGUCAAACGAAUCACCUUUCUGUUAUAAUCAGAAUAAAUGAAGCAAAACAUGGAAGUUUAAGUGUAGUUUGUUCUGAUUUGUGCCAUUUAUCUAUAGGCUGAAAUAUCUGACUUUUCUUAGUGCGUAUUUUAGGAAUCUGUUAAGCUCUAGACUAGAGACAGGAGGUCAAACAAAAUACCCUACACAUUAGGUUACAUCCUGGCCUCUUGCACUGUAAAGUAGGCCCAUAACUUAACACACGCAUAACUUGUGCACAUUCAGCUUUAUGAACUUGGCCAAUAAAUAAAUAAAAAGGGGUUGGGCAGCCAGGAAAAAGACUUUGGCAAUUGCACCCACCAUUGAACCCAAUAACUAUAGGCGGUUUUGGCUUUAAGUGUGAUCCCCAGAUCGUAAGUUGCGGGCCUUACUGUACCUGCAAACUGUGCCCAUAAUCCUCAAAGCCCCAAAGAAAGCCAAGAAGUUUUGUUACUGCUGGUAAAUAAAAGACUGGGCCUCUCCUUGCUUCCGUGUACAGAAGCCGACCAGACUGGCGGCGGCUGAAUCUUUCUUUGCCACAGACUGAGCGCACACCAUGCAUUUAAACCACGUGGUUUUGCUCCAAGAAUCCUGGGAACUGUAGUACGUUGAGGGUGCUGGGAAUUGUAGCGCUGUGAGGGGUAAACGACAGUUUCCAGGAUUCUUUGUGCGCAGGGUGUGUGUGCUUUAAAUAUACAGUGCUACCUCAGGUUAAAUACUUAAUUCAUUCCGGAGGUCCAUUCUUAACCUGAAACUGUUCUUAACCUGAAGCACCACUUUAGCUAAUGGGGCCUCUUGCUGCUGCUGCACCGCCGGAGCACGAUUUCUGUUCUCAUCCUGAAGCAAAGUUCUUAACCCGAGGUAAUGUUUCUGGGUUAGCGGAGUCUGUAACCUGAAGCGUCUGUAACCUGAAGCGUAUGUAACCCGAGGUACCACUGGAUGGGAAUUGCAUGCCCUCCAACAUUUCUCCGAUGAAAAUAGGGACGUCCCAAGGAAAAGCGGGACAUUCCAGGAUCAAAUCUGAAAGUUUUUGUCAAACCGUAACUGUCCCUGGAAAAUUGGGGCACUUCGAGGGUCUGGGAUUGCAGCUUCUCCCACCUCCCGGCACUUGAUGUUGGAGGCAGCCGCCUCACUUUCCCCACUCGCUUCAAGAUGACGACUGGGCAGGCCUAGUGAGGCCAGCAACGCUUCCAAGGAAACACUCUCCUGUUCCUUGCACUGUUUGCUUUGGGCCGGGAAGACGGGGGGGGGGGGGGCAAAGGUCAGCAGCGCCACUGGUGUUUGCUCCAUUGCUUUCCUCGCACGGAAGUUCCUCCCAGCAGCGGCGGCGGCUGUGAUCCUGCGGAGGCCAGGUGGGUUUCCCAGGUGGGUUGGCUCGAUUUGCAUGAGGACACUCACCUGGUCCUGUUCCAGAAGGUGCAUCACUGUGUGUAUUAGCCAAGGGAGGGGCCGUUGGCCACAACCACCUCUUCCAGAUCAGCCCUUAAGCGUCAUUGUUUGGGGUUGUCGUUUGGGUUCGCACAAGGCAUCGGCCCACAGGUGGCCAUGUGAAAAAGAGGGGGGAUGUGCCUUGUACCUUUUAAUAGUUGGGAGAAUUUCAGCAGAUUUAUGUAAUCCGGCGGACAGUUUCAGAAUCCAUCAACGUGCCUGCCUAAUUGCCAUCGAAAUAAAAAUACAGUGGUACCUCAGGUUACAUACGCUUCAGGUUACAGACUCCACUAACCCAGAAAUAGUGAUUCAGGUUAAGAACUUUGCUUCAGGAUGAGAACAGAAAUUGUGCUCCGGUGGCGCGGCAGCAGCAGGAAGCCCCAUUAGCUAAAGUGGUGCUUCAAGUUAAGAACCGUUUCAGGUUAAGAACGGACCUCCGGAACAAAUUAAGUACUUAACCUGAGGUACCACUGUAAAGGGGGUAAUUUUUUAAAAAAUAAGCAGACACACAGCGCACCCAAGAAAUUUUGCUGCCUGAGAUGAAGGACAAGAUCGUGGGUCGCUCCAGCUUGUUCCAUGUACAGAAGCCAACUAGAACAGCAAUUUAGUUCCCCUCCUCAGCAUACAUCAAAAGCGCUCUCAUGUCGUUUUAACUGCCAUGGCUUUCUCCAUCGGGACGUGGGUGGUGCUGUGGUCUAAACCACUGAGCCUCUUGGGCUUGCCGAUCAGAAGGUUGGCGGUUUGAAUCCCUGCAACGGUGUGAGCUCCCGUUGCUCUGUCCCAGCUCCUGCCAGCCUAGCAGUUUGAAAGCACACCAGCACAAGUAGAUAAAUAGGUACCACUGCGGUGGAAAGGUAAACGGCAUUUCCGUGCGCUCUGAUUUCUGUCACGGUGUCCCGUUGUGCCAGAAGCGGUUUAGUCCUGCUGGCCACAUGACCCAGAAAUCUGUCUGUGGACAAACGCCGGCUCCCUCGGCCUGAAAGCAAGAUGAGCGCCACAACCCCAUAGUCGCCUUUGACUGGACUUAACUGUCCAGGGGUCCUUUACCUUUACCUUUUUUUAAACAUGGCUUUCCCCAAAGAAUCCUGGGAACUUUAGUUUGUUCAGGGUGCUGGGAACGAGAGCUUUGCAAGAUGGGCACCCUUAACCCUUGUCUUAUAAUGUUACAAAAAUAAGAAUCGGGGUUCCCUGAGGAUCAAUGCAGAUCUCCAUGUGCUGCCUUUCUUUUUUUUUUUUUUUUUAAAUUUUAUUAAUUUCCCAUUAUUUAUACAUUAUAUCCAUAUUUCAAUAUAUCUCAUACAUUUUGGACUUCCUUCAGCGUCAUUGACAUUCAUUCGUGUUUAUAUCUUUAACACACAUUCCAUUCUUUCAUAUUGCCAUUCGUUCCUCCCUUCAUACAUUAUUUCUAUUGAACAAUACUUAUUAGUUCUUUACAGUGCCUCUUUAAAUCCCACUAGCGUUGUAUUUACAAAACAUUUAUUCUCCAGAUAACCCACAAAUUUCCCCCAGUCCUCAAUAAACUUUUGAUCCUUAGUAUAUCUGAUUUUCCCUGUUAAUUUAUCCAACUCGGCGUAUUCUGUCAGUUUUACUCUCCACUCUGCUACCGUUGGGAUUUCUUCCUGCUUCCACUUCUGAGCUAUCACAAUUCUGGCUGCCGUUACCGCAUACUGGAAGAGUUUGCAAUCCUUUCUUCUGAUAUCCUUUCCCACAAUGCCUAAUAAAAAGGCUUCUGGCUUUUUUACAAAAGUAUAACUUAACAUCUUUUUCAUUUCGUUAUAAAUUUCAUCCCAGAAGUUUUUAACUUUUUUACACUCCCACCAUUGAUGAUAGAAAGUCCCUUCCUUUUGUUUACAUUUCCAGCAUUUGUUAUCUGCCUUAUACAUCUUAGCCAAUUUUACAGGUGUCAUAUACCACCUGUAGAGCAUCUUCAUCACAUUUUCCCUCAGUAACGUGCAUGCCGUAAAUUUUAUGUUCACUCUCCAUAACUUUUCCCAAUCCUCCAAUUGAAUGUUAUAUCCGAAAUCCCUUGCCCAUUGUACCAUCACUGAUUUUACUUCCUCCUCCUUCGUAUUCCACUCUAACAAUAUUUUAUACAUUUUUGACAGGUUUUUAUAUUCGUUAUUUAUUAUCUCUUUUUGGAAUUUCGAUUCCUUUUCCUCGUAACCCCUUUCCUUCACCUCUUCUUUAAACAUUUCAUUUAUCUGAAAAUAGUGCAGCCAAUCAUAUGUGAAUACUUUAACCUGAUCGUAAGAUUUUACUUUCCACUUCCCUCCUUCAUUAGUGACCAUUUCUCCAUACUUUCCCCACUUUUCUCUCAUGUUAACUUUCUUUACACUUAUUAUCUCCAACGGGGAUAGCCAAUGUGGGGUUUUCGGUUCUAAUAUAUUUUUAUAUCUAUCCCAGACCUCUAUUAGUGGACCUUUGAAAAUGUGGCUACAAAAUUCUUUAUGCACUCUCUUUUUGUCCCUCCAUAGAUACGCAUGCCACCCAAAUCUGUUAUUGUGCCCUUCCAGAUCUAGUAAUUCUUUAUUCUCCAACUUUACCCAUUCUUUUAUCCAACACAAACAUGCUGCUUCGUAAUACAGUCUCAUGUCUGGUAGGGCGAAGCCCCCUCUUUCUGUUACAUCUGUUAAUAACUUAAACUUAAUUCUGGGCUUCUUUCCUUCCCAGACGUAUCUAGAAAUCACCUUUUGCCAUUCUUUAAAGUUUUUUUGUACCUUUUAAUAUGGGUAUCGUUUGGAAUAAAAAUAACAACUUUGGGAGCACCAUCAUUUUAACCAUAGAUAUUCUUCCCCAGAGUGAUAAUUUCAGCCUGGUCCAGACCUCCAGAUCUUUUUUAAUUCCAUUCCAAACCGGGGUGUAGUUAUUUUGGUAUAAAUCGAUAUUUUUAUUGGUAAGCCAGAUUUUAACCACCUCAAUUUCAGUUCGUUGCUGUACUAAUUCAAUCUUAUCCUGAUCUAAGUUUUUAACAAUCAUUUUUGUCUUACUCUUAUUCAAUUUAAAUCCUGCUAACUUCCCAAAUUUCUCCAUCUCUUCCAAAAUCUCCUUUAUACUCUCUAUAGGUUCUUCCACUGUUAAGACCACAUCAUCUGCGUAAGCUUUAACUUUGUACUCAUUUGAACCUAAUGUUACCCCUUUAAUUUGUUUAUUUUGUCUUAUUGCAUUUAGUAGGACUUCCAAAACCGCAAUAAAGAGCAACGGCGAAAGCGGACAUCCCUGUCUUGUUCCUUUGGAUAUUUUUAUAUCUUCAGUAAUGAUAUUAUUAAUUAUCAGUCUCGCCUUCUGUUCUGUGUAGAUUGCCUUUAUGCCAUUUAAAAAUUCAUGGCCCACCUCCAUAAUUUCCAAAUUUUUCAACAUGAAGUCCCAGACUACAUUAUCGAAGGCUUUUUCCGCAUCUACGAAGAUUAGGCUGGCUGGUUUGUCACAUCUAUCAGAAAGAUAUUCAAUUAGAUUAACUAUACUUCUUGUGUUAUUUCUUAUUUGCCUGCCCGGUAAAAACCCGCUUGGUCUUCGUGUAUAAUUUUUAUUAGUAUCUUUUUAGUCUUUUGGCUAAAAUUCCGGCAAAGAUCUUAUAGUCCGUAUUUAAUAAAGAGAUAGGUCUGUAGUUCUUAACUUGGGUUAGGUCCGAAUCUUGCUUUGGAAUUAUUGUGAUAAAUGCCUCCUUCCAGGUGGCUGGGAUAUCUCUUUCCUUUAGAAUGUUAUUCAUCACGUCAAUUAUCGGAGUCAUCAAUGUGUCUUUCAUUUCUUUAUAGUAGCUCGAUGUACACCCAUCUGGGCCCGGUGCUUUCCUCUUUUCAAUUCUUUUAUUACUUCUUCUACCUCUUCUCUAUAUAUUGGGGCAUUUAGCUGUUCCUUUUGAUCUAUCGAAAUCUUCCUCACCAUCUUUUCUUUUAAAUAUCUUUCUAUUUUUUUUUUAUUGUUCCUUUCUUUAUUCCUGUAUAGUUGCUCAUAAAAAUCCACGAAUCCUUUUCUAAUUCCUUUCGGGUCAGUUGUUUCUUCUCCGUUUAUUUGUAUUUUACUAAUUGUAUUUUGUUCGUUCCUCCUUUUAACUUGCCAAGCAAGCCAUUUUCCUGACUUAUUGGCGAAUUCAAAAUUUUUCUGUCUUAACCUUUUGAUGUUCCACUCAACCUCUUUAUUUAUUAACAUAGCAAAUUGAGUUUGGAGGGACUUUAUUUCCUGCAUUAUCCUUUCAUUGUUUGGUUUUUAAUCAAUUUUUGUUCAUUGUCCAUGAUCUGUCUCAGAAUCUCUUUUAUCCUUUUUUUCUUUGUUUUUUCUUUUCCACGCAUUUUGUUGAAUAAAAAGGCCCCUCAUUACUGCCUUACUUGCGUCCCAUACCACACUUAUUUUCACCCCUUUAUCUAAAUUAUCCAAAAAAUAUUCAAAUAGUUUCUUCCGUAUUUUUUCAACGAACUUUUGAUCAUCCCAUAGGUUAUCAUUCAGCCUCCAUCUGAAAGUUCGUUCUUCAGCUCCCUUCAUCUCCAUUUCUAUUGGGUUAUGAUCAGAAACGACUUUGGCCUGGAUUUCAAUUUUUUGAAUUCUUGGUGUCAAUUCAUUUGAUAUCCAUAUUUGAUCUAUUCUUGACAUUGAUUGGUUCGGUUCUGAGUGAUAUGUGAAUUGUUUCUCCAGAGGGUGCCUAAGUCUCCAAAUGUCUAUUAAAUUACAAUUCUUAGUCAUCAUAAAGAAUGUCUUAGGUAACUUUCCUUCUUUGUUCUUCGUUUUUCUUAAUCUGUCCAUUUCAGUUGAAACCACCCCGUUCAUGUCUCCCAUUAUUAUGAUUUUUUGAUCCAUGUGUUCAAAUAGCUUCUCUUCCAAUAAUCUAAAAAAUUCUGUUUUGUUUCCAUUUGGUGCGUAAAUCCCGACUAUUAUCAAUAUUUCACCUUGCCAUUUAAUACGAACUGCUAUUAUUCUUCCUUCCUCAUCCUUAAAUAAUUGGUGCGAUUCAAUUUUAUUUUUAAUAUAAAGUACUACACCUCUUUUUUUCUCUUUAUCCGAAGAUAUGAAUUCAUUCCCUAACCUCUUAUUGAUAAGAAUUUUCCUAUGCUUCUUGGCCACAUGUGUUUCUUGGAGGCAUAUGAUGUCCAAGUUCUUCUUUUUUAGAAUACGUUCAAUUCCGUUCCGUUUUUCUUAUCGUUCAUUCCAUUAAUAUUCCAAUUCCAUAAUUUUAGCGUCAUUUUCCUUACCACUGAUCAAAUUUGAAUUUUAACCUAUAUCCUUUCUGUCUCUUCUCCUUCUUCCUCUUCUUCGUCUUCCUCAAAUUUUCCUCCGUUCUGUUCUUCUUCUUCUCCCAAUUCUGGUUCCUCCCUCAGUCUUAGUCCGCCUUCUGCUCCUUUAGACUCCUCCUCUCCCUGUUGAAGCUCUUUAUAUCUUCUUGUGAACUUUCCUAUUUCCUCAGGGCUUGUCAAUCUUCUUUUAACUCCUUUAUAAAAGAAUGAGACACCAUGUGCUGCCUUUCAACUAGAUCUACUAUUUUAUGUACACAGGCGUGUGAAAAUGAUUUGUGGUGCUCCGAUAUCUUCUUUUUUUUUUUUUUAAAGCAAUUUAUUGGGUUUUACAAUAAAAAUAGACAUGAUGAACAAUAUAACAUUUGUCUUAACAUAGUUUCACAUUUUCUUUGGACUUCCUCACAUCUCCCACUCCCACUUUCAUCGUUAUAACAUUUUAUCAGCAAUUUAUCAUCUUGUUUAGAUUCUUAUAUCCCUUCUAUGUUUCAUAAUCUUGUAAUUCUCAAAAGGAGUUAAAUUUUCACAAUCUUAUUUGUUUUCUUAAAGAAAUUCUAGAUUUAGUGGUGCUCAGUUGUUUUAGUCUAGCAUCUUAUUUAACAUUCACUCAAAUUACAAUAUUUUUGUAGAUAAUUCUUAAAUUUCUUCCAGUCCUCCUCUAUCCUCUCUUCUCCCAGGUCACGAAUUCUGCCGGUCAUUUCAGCCAGUUCCAUAUAAUCUAUCAGUUGCAUCUGCCAUUCUUCCAGUGUGGGUAGAUCUUGAGUUUUCCAGUAUUUUGCGAGAAGUAUCCUUGCUGCUGUUGUUGCAUACGGUGCUCCGAUAUCUUCUUUUCCGGAGGGAUUAAAUGGUAUUUUCUUUGCCGUUCCAUUGCAUGUGAUGAACAUGUACACCAUUGUAUUGAAACUGGAGCAAAACCAUGUCUGUUCCCCAGGCGUACACACACACACCAAACACCUGGAGUGAGCAACAAUUGGUGUUAGGCACAGAGCAGUGAAGGAAAGUAGACUGCAAUCCGCCAAUUUCUGCAAUCCAUCAAUUGGCCAAUUUCUGGUGAACCACCAAGUGCCUGUUCUGCAGGGAUUCUUGAAAAGGAUGCUGAACAUGGUGGAAUUUUCACCUGGUCUUGCAAGGCACUUAACAAGCAUUAAGCAGGUGCACAUACUCAGGAACACUGAAUAUGGAUUAGUCAUGCCUUAACAUAUCAAGAGGGACGCAGGUGGCACUGUGGGUUAAACCACAGAGCCUAGGACUUACCGAUCAGAAGGUCUGCGGUUCGAAUCCUCACAACGGGGUGAGCUCCCGUUGCUUGGUCCCUGCUCCUGCCAACCUAACAGUUCGAAAGCAUGUCAAAGUGCAAGUAGAUAGAUAGAUAGAUAAUACUUUAUUCGGCUAUAAGCCCACAGGGUAAAACAAAUCAAUAGAUAAAAAUCAAUAGAUAAAAUCAAUAGCAUUUUACAAUCUAAAAUAUCAACUAAAAUAUUUCAACGCAUAAUCUCUAAAUGUACCGUGUUAUGGCCUUGAAGAUAAAGAUGGUGCAUAGAGUUUUCUGAAUUUUUAAUAGUCAUGCAGCAUUCCCUGAAGUCUUUUAUAUGACAGAACUGAGAUCAGGAAUCUAGCAACCUGUAAAGUUCUAUAAGAGUCAAUGUCCUGGAGUAGAUAAGCUAGAUGUAAUUCAGGUGGUUUAGCAGCAAUUUCCAGAAUGAUUGAACUCAGGAUCCUUGAUCGGGGAACAUUAUAUAAGGGGCAAUUAAACAAGAUAUGAUAAAGGGAUUCUAUCGAUUUGUUGUCACAUGCGCACAAAACAGAGAUUUUACCGUUAGAAAAUCUAUUGCUCAGCACAUUUGAGGGGAACACAUUAAAUCUGGCUCUAACAAAUGCGAAUCUAUGCGACGCAGCCGAUAAAGUAGACAGAUAUCGAGGUAUCUGGGACAUAUAUGUAAUGCCCUGAUAUAUCGGGGAACAUGUACCUCCACCUGUGGUAAGAUUUUGUUGUAAAUCUACCUCCUCCAGUCUUUGUUUGAUGACCUUUUUAGCUGUAAUUAGAUCUAAAUUAAGUAUAUCGGAGGAGAGAUUCCAUAAGACAACAGUUUGGAAUGGAUUUUUGUUGCCCAUGGGCUGGUGAAUUCAUCUCUCCAAAGGCACUGAAUAAGAUGGUAGUUUGGCAAUUUAUGCCAAAGGGACAGCCAAUAAUUAAAGGCAUGUCUCCACAUCAGAAUCUCAAGGGAGGGGGUCUUAAGUUCUAAGCGAAUGGCAGAGUUGCUUACACAGGAGGGUAGUUUCAAAAGGCGUCUUAGAAAAGAUUUUGCAAUGUCACCAGAGGCAAGAGGUUUACAAAGACGCCCCAUAAAGGGACCGCAUAGGCCAUAGUUGCAACCACUUUUGCACUAUAAACUUUUAAGGCAGAUGGAACAUGCAUAGCCCCCUCAGUAAAGAAGAAGCGUAGUAUAGCGUAGAUAAGGGCUUUCACCUUGUUUUGUAGAUAUGUGAUAUGCGCUUUCCAUCCCAUAUUAUACUGGAAGUAAAUUCCUAGAUAUUGAAAUUUGUAAACUUGUUCAAUUGGCUUCCCCUCAAGUUCCCAUCUAUACAGUUUACGACUCCUGGAAAAAAUUAGGACUUUAGAUUUGGAAUGGUUAAUAGUAAGUAAAUUUGUUUGGCAAUAUGAUGCAAAAAUCUUAAGGGCCCUCCUCAAACCGAUUCGAGAAUAAGAGAGGAUCACCGCAUCGUCAGCGUACAAUAAUAAGGGGCAGCGAUAGUCUGCAAGCCUGGGUGCAUGAAUGGAGGUUUGGGCCUCAGCUAGGGGCGUCCUCAUGUCACUAAUAUAAAGGUUAAAAGAUAGGGGCAAGGAUACACCCUUGUCGUACCCCCUUGUUUAUUGGAACUGAGUUUGUGAGAUCGCCCUCAGGUGUUAACCUCACCCUAGCAGCCGUCCCUUCAUGUAAUUUAAUCAAUAGCCACAACAGCCUUUUUUCUAUGCCCCACUUUGCCAGUUUUUCCCAUAACAGCUCUCUAGAGAUACUGUCAAAAGCCGCCUUCAGGUCUAUAAAAGCGGCACAUAGAAGACCAUGAGUAGGGGAAGAAUAUUUCCGCGCCAAAUGAUAUAGAAUUAUAGCAUGGUCAAUAGAAGCGCGAUUUGGUCUAAACCCGACCUGUUCAUGGCCUAUCAGAUUGGAAUCUUCGGCCCAUUGGGUUAGUCUGGUUAGCAAGAAGCGAGUGUAGAUUUUUCCGAUGAUUGAUAAUAAACUGAUAUUACGAUAGUUUCCUGGGUCCUCUGGUGGUCCUUUUUAUAUAUAGGAAUUAUGAUGGACUCCUUCCAUGAUGUAGGUAUCUGGCCCGUGGCAUUGAUUGUAUCAAAGAUUUUUGCAAGAAUUUUAGCCCACCAUAUUGGAUGUUGUUUAAUAGCUUCCGCCGGGAUCAGAUCGGGCCCUGGGGCUUUAUCAGUUUUCAGUUUGGCAAUUAAAUCUACUAUUUCCUCCGGGUCAGUAUCUGGCCAUAUGGGCAAGUUACUUGAGAGAGUAUCAGAUUGGAUGUUAGAGAUGUCUGUCUGGGAGAAAUAUUUUCUUAGAAAUUGUUCCCAUGUCGGGGCUGGGAUAACCGUCAAUGGGUAUUUCCUCGAUCUUUUGUUGAUUAAAUUCCAAAACCGCGAGAGCUGCGAAGCUUAGAGGCAGCAAUCAGCGCUUGCCAACGUCUUAGCUGCCACUCGUGCUUGGCUGACUUCUGAGCCUGUUUGUAAGCAAUUUUGGCCUGCAAGUACUCUGGGGGGAGAGUUUCAGCUCCAGAGGCUUUAUAUCUGUUGUAGAUACAACAGAGAGAGAGUCUAGCUUGCUUACAUUUGGCUUCAAACCAAGGAGCACCGAACCUGGGUUGAUCUCGUUUUGCGAGGUGAGCCGGCAUCGUAAAGAAGCUAGUUAAAUCUGCAGAGAAGUGGAAGAACCACUCCAGUAUCCUAUUUGGUUCAGACAGCUCCGCCAAUGAAACAAUAAGGGAUUCGGAGCUAUUCCUCUGGAAGAAUUCUGCAUAUUUUUGGGCCUGUUUCAUGGACCAUUUAAUGCCUCUUACUUGAGCUGUGGCAUUUAAACCUACAUGAAUUGGGUGUGUUCCGCUAACCGGGUGCCAGUCAAGCGUUAGCUUGGCCGCUAGAGGUAGGUGAUCACUGGAUUGUACAUUAUCUACUUUGAAAUAAAAGAAAUUUGAAAAUAGGUCUUCUGAGACUAGAAGAUAAUCUAGGACACUAUUAGAUGUUGUGCCCAAAUGAGUGAAUUCACCUGGCACGUCCGGAGGGCAGUUGCCAUUUAGAAUGUUCAAAUUCAUACGAAUGGCCAAUUGAUAAAGAAGGACUCCCGCUUCAUUCACUCUGUUGUCCUUGGAUCUUCUUGAUGUGAAAGAGAUUAAAUCAGAUUUUGGGUAGGGGGGAGAUACCCACCACUUGGCCUUAAUUAUCCCAUUCCAGUUGGCAGCUGUACGUGCAUUGAAGUCACCACCCAUUAUCGAUGGAAUAUUAGGGUACUUAACAUAGCAUGCCAAUAAAUGAUCUUCCAGAGAAUCCCAUCUAUAAUGAAGGUCUAGCAAGUAGAUAAAUAGGUACCGCUCUGGCGGGAAGGUAAACGGCAUUUCCAUGCACUGCUCUGGUUCGCCAGAAGCGGCUUCGUCAUGCUGACCACAUGACCCGGAAGCUGUACGCUGGCUCCCUCGGCCAGUAAAGCGAGAUGAGCACUGCAACCCCAGAGUUGGUCACGACUGGACCUAAUGGUCAGGGGUCCCUUUACCUUUACCUUUAACAUAUCAAGAGAACCUGAGGACAGAUUCUUGUUUUGUAAAAAAAUAUCUCACAUCACAAGGACUCAGUGGAAGAUGGGUAGAUACCGCUUGAGACAGUCCAGUUCAUCCCCUCAUUUUUGUUCCCUUUCAUUCUAGGUGGAAGCGCUUCUGAAGUGUCCUAAAGUGUCCUAUGUCCUAAGUGUCCUCUUCCCUGAGGGUACAAGGGGCCAGCAAUGGAGACGGUUGUGAUUGUGGCCAUUGGGGUGCUGGCAACCAUCUUCCUGGCUUCUUUCGUGGCUCUGGUUGUGGUGUGCAGGCAACGUUACUGCCGGCCCAAGGACUUCUCGAACCAUUAUGAUACCAGGUGAGCGUGCAAAUUUUUGAAAAAGAAAUUGUUAUGUACUGAAGUUCUCACCCUGGGCCAGCAGGGGGAUACUGUAGAUAGUUAUGCAAAUGAAGGAUCGAAAGUGACGUUCAGUGAUUGGAUAGUUUGUAUGCAAAUGAAGGAUCGAAAGUGACGUUCAGUGAUUGGAUAGUUUUAGAAAGUUGCUACAGUUACAUUGUUCUGGAGCUCUAUAUAAGCAGGCUGACUGAGCUCUUCAGUUCUGUUCUGUUCUGGCCUCUGAAUAAAGAAGAGCUGUUGGAAGAAUCGCUGUGUGGUCUGAUAUGUUCACCCACAACUUAACAGAAACGGUGAGGAUGCGACGUAACGUUCCCCUCCUCGUCCGUCUCCAAUUCACGAGACGUUGCACCGGGUGAUGCAGACGAACUCUGUGCUCUCAAAAUUGAGUGUCGGGAUGGGAAAAAAAUAUUGAAUAUAUGGAAAAUAAUUGUGUACAGCUGAAAACGCGGGCACCAUUAAGAUAAAAUUCAGCAGUGUAAAUAAGUUUUGAUGGAUGCACUAAUGGAAAACCAAUUGGUAUUGUUUUUGUAAAAUAUUUAAGAUUUAAGAUGUGUAAAAUGAACCAUGGAAAGAGAAGAAGGGAAGUCACUGAUAUCUGAAGGAUGUGAAAUGAGUAUUUGAAAUUGUAAAACUGAAAAUUUAAUAAAAAUUAUUAAAGAAGGAAAGAAAAUGCUGAUCCCAGUUCACCUUUGAACUUUCCCCUCAGGCCCAUCGUUGACUUCAGUGGCACCAUGGAAACCCAGUCUGAACCUUCAGAACUAGAAUUGGAUGACGUAGUUCUAACAAACCCACAUAUUGAAGCCAUCCUGGAGAAUGCAGACUGGAUUGAAGAUGCUUCGUAAGUUUUGCAGCGAUGCCUCCCCAGGCAGCAUAAAAUGGGGAACAGGGGAAUUUUUUUUUAUUCACCCAGAAUUGUGACAGGUAUUAGGAAUCACUUCAGACGUCGUCUUCUUCUUUGGUGAUCACUUGUAGCCGAACAAAAUUGUCUUUCAUGAACACGGUCUUAACAGUGAGUCCUUAAGUGACUGUGGAGGCCAAUUGUGGAUCCACACAUCUUUCCACAGUGGGGCCAUAGGUUUCCGGGUGGGAGUUGAUCAUGGUGAGGGUUUGCCAAACAUGCCUUCCUCUUAGCAUGCUUCUCCCUUUCAUCCUGAGUUUGAGCGUCUUCAAAGUUCGUGACACCUUUGGUAAAGGCUGUUCUCCAAUUGGAGCGUUCGCAGGCCAGUGUUUCCCAGUUGUCAGUGUUUAUACUACAUUUUUAAAGAUUUGCCUUGAGAGAGUCUUUAGACCUCUUUUGUUGACCACCAGCAUUAAGCUUUCCAUUUUUAAGUUCAGAAUAGAGUCGUUGCUUUGGAAGACGAUAAUCAGCACAACAUGACCAGUCCAACAAAGUUGAUGUUGAAGAAUCAUUGCUUCGACACUGGUGAUCUUUGCUUCUUCCAGUACGCUGGCAUUCGUUUGCCGGUGUAAUUAAUUAAUACAACACCAGAGAUUGUAGUCUAUCUGAGUGUUUAGCACCAGGGUGUGAAACUCAGAGCAGCUGGCUAGCCAGACUUUCCCCAUGGAAAAUGCUCUAUAAUUUUUCAUGGGGGGGGGAAUAGUUGACUUUGAUGGGAGAGAGAUGAAUGGUGAACUUUGAGAAAUACCCCUUGCAUUAGGAGCAGGGAACCAAUGAGAUUUUUCAAAAUUUGCCGUUUUCCCAAUUUUGCAAUGCAGCUCCCUAACCAAUAAUCACGUGUGCAAUCAGUCCUGUGAUUUUUCCGUUUUCUGCGUUGACUACAGAAGCUUGGAUGACUCUUUCAGUGGUAUCUGCUAAAAUGCCUCAUUGCUUCUCUGACUCACUGCUGUGUUUCCCCCCUCUUUCUUCCUCCUUUCAGGGGCCUGGUCUCCCAUUGCAUUGCUAUCCUGAAGGUAAAUCCCAUUUUUGGGGGUGGGGUGGGGUGGGGACUGCAAUGUGAGGAUGCUAUGCUCGGCGGCCCAGACUCACAUCAUCCCUCUUUGGACAGAUCUGCCACACCCUCACCGAGAAGCUUGUUGCCAUGACGAUGGGUUCGGGGGCCCAAAUGAAGCCUCCGGCAAGCCUCAGUGACAUCAUUGUGGUUGCCAAGCGGAUCAGCCCCAGGUGAGAGUUGCCAGGGGGCGAUGCCAAACUGGCGGGAAGCACUAGAGCAGGCCGAGGGAAGGUUUGCAUCCCUCCAGGUGUUGUCACAUGACAACAACAAGGGUGCAGAGCAGGGGUCGGCAAGGUUUACCUCGCCUGGGCCGGUUCACUCCCACAGAGAUUGCUCCAUGGGCUGGAUUGCGUCUGCGCAGAUGCGAUUUUCGGCAUCUGCGCAGACGUGAUUUUCAGCAUUUAUACCCCUAUCUGGCUGGGUUUCCCCAGCCACUCUGAGCAUUUCCCAACAGAAUAUUAAAAACAUGAUAAAAUAUCAAACAUUAAAAAUGUCCCUAAACAUGGCUGCCUUCGGAUGUCUUCUAAAAAUCAGAUAGUUGUUUAUUUCUUUGACAUCUGAUGGGAUGGCGUUCCACAGGGUGGGUGCCACUACAAAGAAGGCCCUCUGCCUGGUUGCCUGCAACCUCACUUCUCGCAGGGAGGGAACUGCCAGAAAGCCCUCGGCGCUGGACCUCAGUGUCCGGGCUGAACGAUGGGAGUGGAGACGCUCCUUCAGGUGUACUGGACCGAGGCCGUUUAGGGCUUUAAAGGUCAGUACCAACACUUUGAAUUGUCCUCAGAAAUGUACUGGGAGCCAAUGUAGGUCUUUCAGGACUGUUGUUAUAUGGUCCCGGUGGCCACUCCCAGUCAGCAGUAUAGGUGCUGCAUUCGGGAUUAAUUGUAGUUUCCGGGUCAUCUUCAAAGGUAGCCCCACGUAGAGCAUAUUGCAGUAGUCCAAGCAGGAGAUAACUAGAGCAUGCACCACUCUGGCAGGACAGUCUGUGGGCAGGUAGGGUCUCAGCCUGCGUACCAGAUGGAGCUGGUAGACAGCUGCCCUGGACACAGAAUUGACCUACGCCUCCAUGGACAGUUGUCAGUCGAAAAUGACUCCCAGGCUGCGUACCUGGUCCUUCAGGGGCACAAUUGCCCCAUUCAGGACUCUCAAUCACCUCUGGACUACAACUCUACUCCUCAUCCCUGACCAUUGGCCAUGCUGGCUGGGGCAGGUGGGAAUAGGAGUGCAAUGACAGGUUCUCCACCUUUGGUCUGACUAAUGACUUUCCAUCCAGGGUUGCAAUUUUUAAAAAAAAAUAUACAAUUUUCUGCAGUGCAAAAAGCAUGGGGGGAGAAACAUAAGAGACCCACAGUUUGACAUCAUUGGGAGCCGCCCAGAGUGACUGGGGAAACCCAGCCAGGUGGGCGGGGUAUAAAUAAAUAAAUAAAUAAAUAAAUAAAUAAAUAAAUUGUUGUUGUUAGCUGCCGCAUGAAAAGUGUGUGAACAAACUAUGGCCAUUUCAGUGCACACGUACUGCAGAAGUACUUUAAUGUUCGAUGUUUGAUGGUGUUUUUAUAUUUUGCUUGAAGCCCCCAAGAACGGCUGGGACAACCCACUCAGAGGGGCGGCAUAUGAAUAAUAAAAUUGUGGGAUGUGAAACACAAGAGCAGUCAAGUACAACAUUCCUAGAGUGAACCUGUUUACACAUGGGGAGGAAUGUUUGUCCAGCCAGCAGGUAAACUUCCUGUUUCCUUCUGAGCUGGGACAGACUUCCUCUGCAUGUGACUAGAGGUGGGUGUGGCCUCACCUGUGCAGGUAACGACAAAAGCACAGGGCAGGGCAGCCAUCUCUCUCUCUCUCUCUCUCUCUCUCUCUGACUACAUGCAUCGAAGAAGCAACAUCUGCUUAGCCAAAGAUGCUCUCUUGGCCUCCAGCCAAGAGAGGACAAAAGGACUGUCUCUUUAUGAGAUAGUUUCCAGGUGUAUGUUACUUUUCUAAGCUAAGUCUGCCUUCUGGGAUCCGAUUGUGAACAGAAUAUGAGUAAACUCUUUUUAUACUUUUAUAGAAGACUGUGUCGUGUCUUAUCUUUUAUGAGGGAAUAAGGGGGAAAUACCAGAACAGUUAUUAUAUAGGCUUUAGCGAGCCUGAGCAAACGCAUCCACUGUGAGUUUAAAAGGGGGAAUGUUACUCUGCUAAAUUGUGAACUUGUUAACACAAGUUGGAAAGGCUAUAAUCAAACAAUAUAUCCUCUCCUGCAUCCCUGAACAUUCCCACAAAAAUUAAUAGUAGUAGCAGUAACAUCAGUCUGCAGAUUCUCCUUUAUUCCAGCCCACUCCUUCCCCAUCAACCUGAGUUGUAUUGGGCUAGGGCAUAUUAUUUAUUCUCACACUCCUCUCUUUCUUAAUGUGCCUGUAGUAAUAAUAAUAAUAAUAAUAAUAAUACAACAACAAUAAUAAUAAUAAUUUAUUAUUUAUUUAUUUAUUAAAAUGAUAUUUAUUGGAAAUUUUUUUUUAUAAAGUUACAAAAAAAACAAAGUAGAAAAAGAGAAAAACAAACCACCUCCAACAAUACAAAUACAAAUUCAAAAUAAGAAAGAACAGAAAAAAACAAAAAUACACCACAAACAUUUAAAAACAUUUAAAAACAAAUCCAUUAUUCUCAAAUCCUCAACUGUCAUUACCUUCUUUCUUUGACCUCCUCCUCCUCCCUUUUUUUGUAUCCUAGUUGUUAAUUAUCACAGCAAACCCUUUCCAUAUUUCAUAAUAUUCUGUCAUUACAUUACCUUAAACUAUUUUAAUCUUAUCUUUCUAUAAAAAAAACCUUGAAACUUAAAACUUAAAUCUUGUCCUUACCAACUUCUCAUAACCAUAAUAUUCUUUCAUAAUUCUUUAAACAUUUUUACUAAAGCCGAGUAAUUUCAUUCCAACAUUUUUCUAACAUUCAUCAAUUUUAUAAAACAGUCCUAAUAGUAAAAAAAAGAAAUAAAAACAAAUCCAAUCUUCAUCCAGCAUCCCUUCCUCCUGGUCCCGGGUUUUGUCAGUCCUUAUUAUCCCAUCGAUCUAGCGCAUUAACCUGGCAACCUUAUAUCCGAGGCCCUUAAGUCUCUUCCAUGUCCCUUCCGCAGCUCUUCUUCAUAUUUGUGACUGUAUUUUCCCUUGUCUCCUGCUCGUGGGAACUCCAGCUUAGCAAUAUUUUUGGCCCUUCUCGACAGAUCAGCCCCUUUUCCAUAUUCGACACUAAAUUCCAUGUGGUAUUUAAAAACAUGUUUCAAAAACCCUCCAAAAUUAAGAGCCCCCGCAGUCCCAAACACCUCACGGCCCAUUGCCAGAUUUGAAAAGUCCAAACAUCCCUGCAUAGGGGGGUCAAUCCAGCCCCCCAUUUCCAAGCCAAACCAAACUUUUUCUUUCCAAAUCUGGCUUUUUCCAAGUUCAUUUGUCAAAUCCGAAAGCUCAUAUUCCUGUUGGGCCUGUUCUGUCAGGACACACUCCUGAUUUAAUUCCUGGGUGGGCUCCACAUAUUUUCCCAGUGUCUGUUCAAAGUUUCCCACUGCCUGUUCAAAAUUUCUAAUUGAAUUCGCCAUCAAAUUCGUCUUCUCAUGUAACUGUUCCAGUAGAGCAUUUGUUUUAUAAAAAGCACACAACAGAGCUUCUGAAUACAUUGUCCUGCAAGGUCAAAUGUCUGUUCCCACGAUUGUAAUCUGUAACAGCUGCCGGCUCCCUGGAAUUAGUUACAGUUUCACAGUCUCCCUCUAGGGGGAAAACUUCUAUUUGUUCUUGCAACAAAGUUUUCCUUUUUGAGAUAUUUUGUCAAUAUUUGUUCCUUUAAACUGCGAAAGGAAACAGUGGAAUCACUGUGUUUCUCUUCUUUUAGCUAUCUGUCAAAAACGUUUGUUUCCGGUCAAUGAGCUUCAAACGUCAGUCCUGACACCCCGCUCCAGGAUCAGGACGGUGGAAAGUUACUUUACUUUAAAUUCACUUCUGCAGGUUUAAACAGUCCGAAAAAGAUCCCCCUUCUUCUCCUGCUGUCGAAGGGGGGUUCCACAAUUUUAAAUGAUGAAAUCCAAUCCUUUAGAGGCGAUUUUCUGAGCUCUUGUUUAUGUUGUCUUUGCUUUAUUCUGUCUACAAAAGAACGGAAGGCUGACUUCCUGUUUAGACCUUCCCGUUUCAGUACCAAAUUGAAAUAAAUUUUUAAGUCCAAUUCCUUUCUGCUCGCAAGUCCUUAUUUAAAGUCCAGUUGUUCAAAGUUUAAGUACUCACGGGUGCUUGUUUUAGAAUCCAAAUUGUCCCAGGAAAAAGGCAGCGCUCUCCGGCAACGGCUAUGUGGCUUCGCUCCAUGGAAAUAGCAGUUGACUCACAGCACCGCGCCACUUCCCCCUCUUCACUUCGGAGCCCGUUAGUGGGUUCCUUUGCGGGUUGGGGGGGCGCUAAAGGUGCCCGCCGAGUCCCAUGGUCACAGGCUUCAUCCGCCUGUGAUUUUUAAAGGGGUCCCCGCUUCACCGUAGCGGAGAAGACCCGUUUCGUGCGGAGCUAGUCCCUCCAGUUCAGAGGGAGUCCUCCAUUGCCGAUGGCGCCACCCCGGAAGUCCAAUAAUUUAUUAUUUAUACCCCACCCAUCUGGCUGGGCUUCCCCAGCCACUCUGGGUGGCUUCCCAAAAAAAUAUUAAAAUACUGUAAUACAUCAAACAUUAAAAGCUUCCCUUCAGAUGUCUUCUAAAAGUCUGGUUGUUGUUGUUCUCUUUGACAUCUGGUGGGAGGGCAUUCCACAGGGAGGGCGCCACUACCGAGAAGGCCCUCUGCCUGAUUCCCUGUAACUUGGCUUCUCGCAGUGAGGGAACCGCCAGAAGGCCCUCGGUGCUUGACCUCAGUGUCCGGGUAGAACGAUGGGGGUGGAGACACUCCUUCAGAUAUAAGUGCCUGUAGCUCUUAUUAAUCCAAUACACACCACUUGUGUUGCAAAGGGCCUUGAAAGAGCCGUCUCUUCCCCAUAGACGAUUGGGUUUUCUUUUCCUCCCAGGGUCGAUGAUGUGGUCCGAUCCAUGUACCCACCACUGGAUCCCAAACUCCUGGAUGCCAGGUGAGUAGGCAAUGUCGGAUAGGCGAGUUGUCAGGAAUUGUGCAACAUCCUCUUUGGCAAUCAAUCAUGGCCGAGUAAGAUUGCCUUCCAUGAACACGGUCUUAACAGUGAGUCUGAAAGUGACUGUGGAGGCCGAUUCUGGAUCCACACGUCCUUCCACAGUUGGGACAUAGGUAGGGUUACCGUAAGUGAAAAUCUGGACACAGAAGUUGUUGAAGUGUUUUGGGGUUGUGGUUUUGUUUUUUUUUUGCUUUUUUGUGUUUUUUAGCUAUUUUUAAAGGAAAAUUGCAAAAAUAAAACCCUGACACUUCCCAUACGGGCUGCAAUGACGCCAGACAUUUUGAGUGCUUUUCAGAAAUUCUGCCUGGGUGCCAUUUUUGAAGGACAAAACCCAGAGAUGUUCAGAAAAUGUCCGGAACAUAUUGGAGCCCUAGACAUAGGUUUUUGGGUGGCAGUUGAUCACGGUGAGGAUUUGCCAAAUGUGCCUUCCUCUUAGCUCGUUUCUCCCUUGCGUCCUGAGUUCGUGGUUCUUCAAAGUCCAUGACACCUUUGGUAAAGGCUAUUCUCUAAAGGGACGCGGGUGGUGCUGUGGUCUAAACCACAGAGCCUAAGGCUUGCGUUCCAAUCCCCGCGAUGGGGUGAGCUCCCGUUGCUCGGUCCCUGCUCCUGCCCACCUAGCAGUUCGAAAGCACAUCAAAGUGCAAGUAGAUAAAUAGGUGCCACUCCGGCAGGAAGGUAAAUGGCAUUUCCAUGCGCUGCUCUGUUUUGCCAGAAGCGGCUUAGUCAUGCCGGCCACAUGACCCUGAAAAACUGUCUGUAGACAAAUGCCCGCUCCCUUGGCCAGUAAAGCGAGAUGAGUGCCACAACCCCAGAGUCGUCCAAGACUGGACCUAACGGUCAGGGGUACCUUUACCUUUUUAUUCUCUAAUGGCCUUCUUGAGCCACAUUCAUACCAAAAGUUCGUCCCAUGGACUUUAUUGUAUUUUUGUUUUGUUUUAUCAUUAUGAUGAGUGUUUUCCGUUAUAGUGUUUAUCAUUAUGAUAGUGUUAUAGCAUUUUAUGAAUUGAUUGUUUCGGUUUUACGUCAUAUAUCACUUUGGAAUUUAUACUGUAUUUUUUUUUUUUUAAUUUAAAUUGAUUUUACAACUUCAUUCACGCUCAUAAUCACAAAUAAUGGAAAUUACACAAGAUUCUUCCCAAUCUCAAGACUUCCCUCCUCCCCUCUGUGGGUUCUUUAAGUAAUUUUUUAAACUGCAUAUUAUAAGUCCAUCUAAUUGACAGUCCUCCAUUGUUUCCCAAAUCUGUGCAACAUUGCAAGAGUUAUUUAAAACUUGCCAAAGAGUUCAAGUGUUUACAGUGGUCUUUCAAAUAUGAUGUAAAUUUAUCCCAUUCUUUACUGAAGUUUUGAUCCUCCUGGUUUCUGAUUUUCCCUGUUAAUCUUGCCAUCUCUGCGUAGUCCAAUAAUUUCAUCUGCCAGUCUACCCUAGAUAUCUUACCAUCUUUCUAACUCUGGGCAAGAAGCAUCCUUUCAGCUGUUGUAGCAUACAUAAACAAUCUUUUCAGUUCCUUUGGUAUCUCUGCAUCUACGAUUCCUAACAAAUAGGCUUCUGGUUUUUUAACAAAAGUUAUUUUAAACCUUUUUUUUUAAUUCAUUGUAAAUCAUUUCCCAGAAUUCCUUUAUUACUUUACAGUUCCACCACAUAUGACAAAAGGUGCCUUCCUUUGCCUUACAUUUCCAACAAACAUUUGAACUUUUCCUGUACAAUGGUACCUCGGGUUAAGAACUUAAUUCGUUCUGGAGGUCCGUUCUUAACCUGAAACUGUUCUUAACCUGAAGCACCACUUUAGCUAAUGGGGCCUCCCGCUGCUGCUGCGCUGCCACCGCACAAUUUUUGAUCUCAUCCUGAAGCAAAGUUCUUAACCCAAGGUACUAUUUCUGGGUUAGCGGAGUCUGUAACCUGAAGCGUCUGUAAGCUGAAACGUCUGUAACCCGAGGUACCACUGUACAUUUUUGCUAAUCAGAGUUAAAUAUCAGCGAUACAUCAUUUUCAUAUAAUUUUCUUUCAAUUUCUUUCUUUUAAUUUUCUUUUAACGUAUAACACACUGUAUUGAAUUAUUUUUAAUCCCGUGAACAAACAACAAAUACAGUGGAGCCCCGCAAGAUGAAUGCCUCGCAAGACGGAAAACCCGCUAGACGAAAGGGUUUUCCGUUUUUGAGUUGCUUCGCAGGACGAAUUUCCCUAUGGGCUUGCUUCGCAAGACGAAAAUGUCUUGCGAGUCUUGAGAUUUUUUUUUCGCUCCCCCCCCCCUUUAUCUAAGCCGCUAAGCCUUUAAUAGCCUUUUAGCAGCUAAUCCGCUAAGCCGAUAAGCCUUUAAUAGCCGCUAAACCACUAAUAACGCUAAUCCGCUAAGCCGCUAAUAGGGUUGCUUCGCAAGACGAAAAAACCGCUAGACGAAGAAACUCGCGGAACGGAUUAAUUUCGUCUUGCGAGGCACCACUGUAGUAAUUCCUUUUCUGUGCCGGGGGCAGGGGAAUGGGGGCAUUUGGCUGGAUGGGUCCCGCUCCCUCCUUAUUCUAACCAGUCUCCUUCCUUUUGAAGGACAACUGCGCUGCUCCUUUCCGUCAGCCACCUGGUCUUGAUCACCCGCAAUGCCUGCCACUCUCCCAGCCGCAUGGACUGGAUCGACCAAUCGCUGUCUGCAGCAGAGGAGCACAUGGCUGUGUUGCGCGAGGCAGCCCUCGCCUCUGAACCGGAGCGCUCUGGGCCCAGCGGCGAUGCUUUCCUGCAGGAGCAGUCGACGAUCUGA